AUGGGGAAGAAGGACAAGUGGCUGGAUGAGGGAGAAAGAGAUAGAAGAGGCAGAGGUGGGUAGCCUAGUAGCAAAGAGAGCAGAAAAUGUGUGACUUUGCUGAAGGAAGAGUGAACAGUGACUUGGCAUAUAAAGAGGGGGAACUUGUUCCAUCCAUAUACAGUAGAGCAUCAUGGUGAGGAAGUUUAACAGACUGAAAGCAGAGGAGCUUUUGAGUGGAAAGGAUAAGGGACAGAAAGGUGUGGGUUCAUAACUGGAAGGACUGAGACUGAUCCAGAAACUAGUCUUUAGCAGGGGUCUGAGGUGCAUUGAGAUUUAUUCUCUCCUUCCUCAAGGUGGCAAUUUUCCCUUCCUCCAUGCAGGUCAAUGAAAAGAAUGCCAUUCCACUGACUUUUAGGGAAAUGGGAAAGGACCUGAUUUCCCUGGUCAAUCAGGCUCCCCAUUAGUGAAGCUACUGUCCCUUCCUGCUUCAGCUUUGUCUUUCAGUCAUGUCUUCAUGCUACUUCCUGCCUCUUUCCUAUACCACUUUUUUGUUGCCUUGCCUUGAUAACUGCAUCAAAAAUCCAGGGUUAGCUGCACUCAUAGGAGCCAACUCCUAGGAGCUGAUGUCCCUUUGUCCCCCUCCCCCAUAAAAUAUUUGAAGGGGCCAGGUUCCCCCUCAAAGGUGAGAAGAAUUAAUUUACAGAGUGUUAGGUUUUAAAACAAAUGGCUAUUUUAGAUUUGACAAGAAAAUUGCUAGGUGAGUCCAAAUAAACCGAACGAGAACCAAACUAAUUUGUCAAGAAUUAAUCAAAUGGAUAUCAGAUAACGGUAAAAUCGCAUGAUUAAAUGGACAAGAUGUUGACAUAACAUUAGUUGCGACUGGAACAGUUGGACCAAAUUGCAUGAGCCAAUAUGAAAAUGAUACAGGGACAAACCCCAUCAACAAUAUCAUGCCGAUAGCAAAUGUUGAAAUUAAGAAAUUGAGUACAUUUUCCCUUGCGCUCAGCUGAAUGAUAUAUAAUGAAUUAAAAGUAUUUAAAAUACCUCCUAGAAACCAGAGGCCUUUCCUGGGCAUAUGAAAUGGUGUAAGAUGAACUUUCUUAUGUAGCAACAGCGCAAGAAUACCAUCGCAAAGUAUUGAAGACACGACUCCCACGCUGGAGGAAUGGCAGAUGAAAUUAAUGGACUAUAUGGAACUGGCGGAAAUGACUGGUAGAAUCCGUGACCAAGGAGAAGAGUCGGUGGAGGAAGACUGGAAGAAAUUCAAAGACUAUCUUCAGAAACAUUGCAAAAUUAAAGAAUGUUAGAGUGAUGUUGGACCGAAUAUAAGCGGUUUCCAGCUGUACAGGUUAAAGUUAAUGAUAGACUAAGAUUAGUCUAAGAUUAAAGAUUAGGUUUAAAGAUGUUUAAGGAAAUGGAAACUUGACAAUUAAGAGGUAAAAUUUCAAUGUUAUAUUACAUUAAGAUCAAAGAUUAGGUUUAAAGAAGUUGAAGUUAUAUAUUAUAUUAAAAUUAAAGAUUGGGAUUAAAAAAGUGGAAAAGAAAUUGCUGGACAAACAAAUUGGAUUGGAAUACAAAAGAGGGAGGUAUGAGGAAGUCCAGAAAAUAAGUAAAUUCAAAAACGGAAAUGGAAAAGAGAUAUUGUUUUUAAUUGUUAUGUUGUUUUUUAUUGUUGAUUUUUGCUUUUUGUGUUUUUUUAUUUUCUUUCUGGGAUUUGUAUUGUGUAUUUGUGUAUCUGGUUUUAUGUUUUUUUGUUUGUUUUUGUUGUUGUUUAAUUUUUGAUUGAAACUUUAAUAAAAAUUAUUUAAAAAAAAAAAAGGUGAUGGGCAUUUCCAUUCAAAUAGUGUGGGUGCACCUCAUCAGGUGAUUGAUUAUGUGGGGCAGGGCUUACCCCCGCUACAUAUUUUAUUCAAGUUGGCACCCCUGGCUGCACACACCCCUUGUAGUUUUAUUUGGAAAACUAUAAGGGAUUGAUAGCUUUAAGCUGAUGAAGCAGGUGAUAGGUAGCCAGCACAGAGAAAAGUAACAGGAUCAUAAUGAGAUACAAGGGGGGAAAUGCAAAUAAUACUUAUAAAACAUUUACAAUUUUCUAAUCACUGUAAAAAUAUUAAAUAAUUAGAAGGUGAAAGCAGUUACUGGAUCAGCUGCUCUGUCACUGGUUGAUAAAUAGGAUCUUGCUGAUCUACCCCUUGCCAUGAUGUUCUUCUUGAGAGGCAACUCCCUAACCGUCCUUGGUUUCCUGGCUGGUGGCAGACAUUAGAGUGCACCUCUCUUCAGCUUUAUAGCCCCAAGGCAUAAGAACAUAGGAGGAACCCUGCUAGACUGGGCCAAAGUGCUAUCAAGUCGAGCAUCCUUCUUCACACUGGCCAACCAGAUACCUGUGGGAAGCCAGCAAGCAGAACCUGAGGUUAUCAGCGGUCUCCCCAUCUGUGAUUCCCAGCAACUGAUAUUCAGAGGAAUACUGUAGUAACUGACAACUGGAAGUAAUAAUCCACUGCCAAUUGCUAUGCCAGUACACAGUCUUUGGGUCUUCUUAAACCCCUGAAUCACUGUUAACAUCUUUAACAUUUUGAUGUUAAAAUAUUGUCCUUGGCCCAUUGUGGACUUCGUAUGUCAUACCCUGACCUGUUUAUAGUGCAUGCACACUUCUGUCUCUUGUGAUAAUCUAGCUGUUAUUUGCAUUUGGAGGAUCUGCUUAAUUUUGGAAAAAAAAAAAUUGAAUUUCCAUAUAGCCAGAUGUAUUAUACCUGUUAUAUACAUGGAGAACUUUGCUGCAGUGCACAUAAUAUGAAAGGAAGGGAGAUUUUAAAAGAAACUACUGGAAAGGAUUACAAAUUAAGUAGUUAUGUGUUCAAAAUCAGAAAAAAAGAAAAGCUGUUUUUGUAAUAUUGAUGAAGAAUCUUGUGACACCUUGACAACUAACAAGUUUGGUUUCAGGCUAAGGUAUCUCUUCCUACUCCAUCUAGAGAAAUAUGAAUAUCAUGAUCUUAGAUUGGGUGUUAUUAUUUAAUAUGCUUAGUUUUUCUAUGCCCUGCCUUUAGUUGGAUAUAUUAUUAAAUUGUGAUUCUUGAAAACUAAUAAAAAUAAACUUUAAAAACCUAACAAAUUAUAUUAUUAUACUAUAAUAAAAUAUGUCUGAUUUUGAGGUGCCACAAUACUUUUUGUUGAUUUUCCUGCUAAAGCUACAGGCUACAUCUACCCAUCUGGAAGCUAUUUUUGUUAAUAUUAAUACCUCUCAGCAGUGCUUUUUUUCUGGGGGUACGCAGGGGUACGCAUACCCCUAAACAUUUUGUGAAUCAAAGUUUGGCCUCAUUGAGGGGCAGUAUUUCAAUAUGAGUAGGAAAAUGAGAGUACCCCUAAACAAUUUUUUAGGAAGAAAAAAAGCACUGCCUCUUAGGCAGAUGCUGGAAAAACCAAAUAAAGAAAAACAGAAAGACUAAAGAAAACCACCCAAGUGAAGGUCAAGGAGUAUUCAGGGUGGAAGAUGACCAACACUAGCACCAAGGGAUAUCAGGGUAAUGCUAAUUCAUGGCAAAUGCCAAUUAUUCAGAAUAAUGUCACUGAUCUCCUUUUUAUUUGCACAGGUGAUGAAAGGGAAGAACUUCCACCACCUUCAAUAAGGGGUAAGAAGAGUUCCUCUCCUCAACUGAGCAGUGCCAUGCUGUUGCCCCAGCUUUGUCUCAAUGGCUUGUUGAGGUAAGAUUUAUGUACACUAACUGUAAUCCUGUGCAUAUAUACUUGAAAGUAAGUCUCACUGAGAUCAUUUGGCCUUACAAGUAAGUGUGCAAAAGACUGCUGCCUAAGCAUUCUAAAAAUUCUAUUUUGGAUUGCUACCUUCAUAAAUGUAUUGACUUGCACAGGAGGAACAUCUAUGUGGUUUUCAAGCACAGGUUUCUUUGGCCUCUGGAAUGUUCAUGGUGCUAAGCAAAGGCAAAAUGUGUAGCCUUCUUAGAAGACAGAGUAAUUUCUGAAACAAACAUCUGGUAGCUGUUGAAUCCUGGACUCCUAGAUUCAGUUUCAGAAGCAUUCAAGGCUGUGAAACAGAAGGGCUUAAAGCCAUCUAUGUUGGGUGUGCAGGGUGAAUGGAGCAAAAAUGGGAUUGCUUCAAAGCUGAAUAGCAGAUCACAAAAAUCCCAUUUAGAUUAGAUUAGUUCAGAAAUUGUGGGAAAUGGUACAUAGAAGAUGCUAGGAUUAUGCUAGGAUUAUGUUGAAUAACUGUUCAUAUCCUCCCAUUCCCAUCCAAGUGUUUCUACCUGGUCCCCCCACCCUGUUCCAUACAAGAAGAAGAAGAAGAGUUUUGGAUUUGAUAUCCCGCUUUAAGGUGGAUAAAGCGGGAUAUCAAAUCCAAAACUCUUCUUCUUCUUCUUGUAUGGAACAGGGUGGGGGGACCAGGUAGAAACACUUGGAUGGGAAUGGGAGGAUAUGAACAGUUAUUCAACAUAAUCCUAUUUGAUUUUCCUGACAGAAAUGUGUGGUAGUGUGCUAGAAUAGCUCCUCCAACUCAUACUAGUUCCCCCAGACAAAUUACAAACACAUCGUGAUCUAACAGGAUCAACAGGAUGCAAUUGCCCUUUCAGAUUUCAAAAUGAAGAUCAUUAACUGUGAUUACUAAUGGCAGAAGAAUGUUGAAAACCAGAUGGGCAAACAUUUCAAACUCUCCUAACCAAUGCAAAUAAUUGUCUCACCCAGUCAUAAAUAUUCAGAUUUUCAUGAAACCAAAUUCAACUGCGUGAUACGUCAAGGUAAUGAAAGACAGAAGAAAAAGCAAAUAAAAAGAUGUGGCUUUUGGUGUGAUAAAUGCACAUCCAACAACACUCAGUGAAUCCAUACCAGUGUCCAUACUGCAGUUGAGAUAAAUGAGAUGCAGUCUCGGCUUUGGUGCAUAUUUGAUGUCAUUCUUUUCACAACUAUGCUAUAAAGAGAUCAUUUUAGAGGGAUCAUUUAUAAAUUUUGUGUUGACCAAUUGUGGAAAGUAGAUUUAUUUAACAGUGCAUACUCUCUGUUUCUGUCAAGUCAUAUAUUCCUAUACCAGCUGACUUCUGGCCAUUGAUGAUGGACUAUGCAGGUCACCUUAAGCGGCAAUUGGUGGAAAUACAGGAUACCAAUUUAACAAAUAAAUAAGUAAAUAUGUUUGAUCUUAUUCUGUGAAAAAAUGGUAUUACAAUUCAGCUGAAGUCAAGCACUUCUAAGUUUAAUUGACUUUAAUGAGAGAUAUAAGUUCUCACAUUGAAAUGAACAGAAAAGUGCUUAACUUUUGCACAUUUAUAAUUAGUGUGUUGGCUGUGUCCGUUCCUGGAGAUGUCUGAUCUGGGGACAGUGGUAUCUGUUUUAGUUACACACCAUAUAUAUCACUAUAGUGCAUAGCUGUCAACGUUUCCCUAUUUUUAAGGGAAAUUCCCUUAUUCCAAAUAGGAUUCCUCGCAAGAAAAGGGAGAAGUUGACAGCUAUGCUAUAGUGUGCUGUAUGUGGGGCUGCCUUUGGAAAGGGUUCAGAAACUUUAGUGGGACCAAGAUGCUAUGACUUCAUUGCGGAUUCGAGCCAGUUACAAGGAGAACAAAAACUCCUUGUUACAACAGCUCCACUGGCUAACGGUCUGUUUCUGGCACAAUUAGAAGUGCUGGUUAUGACCUACAAACCCCUUUACAGCUUGGGUCCAUGUUAUCUGAAGGACUGUUUCUCCCUAUAUGAGCUCGCCUAAGCUUUAAGAUUUUCUGAGGUUUUUCUUGGUCCCGCCACCUUCAUGGGCACAUUUGGUGAGGAUACAAGAGAGGACCUUUUCAAUGGCUGCUCCUAAACUGUGGAACUCACUUCCAUGGGAAAUUAGGCUGGCCACCUCUCUGCUUUCCUGUUGCCAGCGGGUAAAGACUUUUUUGUUUAGAGAGGACUUUUUCUACUAACUGGCUGUUGUGGCAGGGUGUUGUAUGGUUUUGUUUAUUUGUUUUUUGCUGUUACAUUUUAAAAUGUUUUUAAGUGUUUGGAUUCACUGCUGUUUUAAUAGACUAACUUUGUAAAAUAUAUAUAUAUAUAUUGAUUAGUGUGGUUUUCGUUGUAUUUGUUCAAAUUCAUGUUGUGAACCACCUUGGGUCCUGUACUAGGGGGAAGGUGGGACAUAAAACAAAUGAACAAACUUUGGCUUGACUUCCAACACUGCAAAGGUCUCUUUUGGAUAUUGUUGCCAUGCUUUGUCUGCUCCACCAGUUCUGAGAGCUUGUUUGUUUUCAUUAUAGCUAUUGGAAGUACAUACAGUGGUACCUCGGGUUACAAACUUAAUUUGUUCUGGAGGUCCGUUCUUAACCUGAAACUGUUCUUAACAUGAGGUGCGCUCUUGCUAAUGGGGGCCUCCUGCUGCCACUGCGCCAUCGCUGUGUGAUUUCCGUUCUCAUACUGGGGCAAAGUUCGUAACCCAAGGUAACUACUUCCAGUUUAGCAGAGUUUGUAACCCAAAGUGUUUGUAACCUGAGGUACCACUGUACAACCUUCUCUUCCAGUCUUUUUUAAAAAUCAGGAAAGCAAAAAUCUCAAUGCAGAAGAGGCUAACAAAGGAACAAAGUACUGGUAGCUGUGAGUCUGCCUCUGACACAUUAGAGCAGGGAAGAUUACCACUUGCUGAUUGCCAGGGUUUAUCAUAACUUGGUUAGUAUGCUACUGAAGCACUCUCAGUUUAACAUGCCAAUCAGGUCUGUGCAGGCACUCCACAGCAUGGAGCUUACAACCAGACUAGUUAUGCUGAUAAUGACUACGGAAAUGCCCAAGCAUUUUACUUGCCUGCUUUUUGCUUAUCUUGUGCUCUCUUUCUUUUCAUACACAAUGCCACAUAUACAGCUUUUGGAAGAUGGUUCAAGAAUGAAAUGUUCAAAGGUCUAUUGUAUUAGUUGAUGCUGCUGCCGCCUUAACCCUCACCCAUGCCCCCAAAGAUUCCUGCUUGCAUAGACAACACUGUUUCUUCUUCUGAGCCACCACAGAGUUUGAUGGGAUAAAAUACAGCCAUGAUGAAGAGAGACCAAGACUUACUUUGUCCUGCUCUGAAAUGGCCAUGUUGAACAGAGACUGGAAUGAAGAUAGCCAGUUCACAUUCCAUCAGAAAGCUUAUUUUUUCUGUGUGUAUGCAGAACAACAGUAUUGCAGUUCCCUGCUUGGGGAGGCAUUUGGAAUAUUUCCCCCCCUUUUGAUUCCAGAAAGAAUUUAUACAUUUCAGUCCAGCUGGUACAGAAAGUAUGUCUAGGCUUCCUAGAUCCUUUCUCAAAAGUGAAGUUAACUAAUCCAGCCUUUCUGUAUUGAAAAGUCAUGGUGUCUUCAGGAGAUGGAAAAAUGUCUACUUCUGUUGUUGAAUGGUUAAUUUUUAAGACUCUUAUCUUUUGUGCUCUCUUGUUCUCUGAAUUUGCUUGAGGCUCCAAAAAGGGUUUUCGGCAACCUCCAGUUAAUCAUUACUUAGCCAUCUUCUCCCAGCUCCAGUUCUUGACACCAUGCUCCUUUCUAGAAAUCUCCCUGGUUCCAGGGGCUUUGCCAUCCAUAGGAAAUACCAAGAAACCCCAUCCAAGAGCUGUCAGAAACAGCUGGUGCCGUCUCAGGCACUCCAGCCUUGCUCAUCUUUGAUUUUGGCUGUGAUCCAGACUGUUUUCCUGUGAUCGUUUCUCUGUCUUUUUUCAUAAUCCCUUUUAAAACAUAACCAGCAAUUAGCUGCUCCCCACCCCCCUCGGCUGUUCUCCACAUGUAUAUGUACACCAAAUGCCACAAAGAUCUGAUUUUCUCCAAGUAUAAAAAAUACAGUUUUGCAUUAGCUGGCAAGCAAAUUAUGAAAGGCUUUGUAUUUACUCACUUUGUAAAUGAUGUUGAUCCAUUUAAAUGUUCAGAAGUGGUGAGAUGCUAAAGACAUCCAGGAUGACUGUGUAUUCCUAGGAAGGCAGUAGAAAGCAAUCUACUGUUACCUCAUUGAUUCGGCUUUCCUCCUUUGCUGUCAGUGAGCCAAGGAAUUCCCCCAAUGUUGUUACGUAGCAGAUACCAGAAACAUGAGUCACUUCUUAUUCCCUGAUCAAAAGGUCCACUGCAUCUGUGCAUGGAAUGGCGAUGGCUGGACUGCAUGUCUCUCAAGGUGCCCCGAAAGGAACGCACUUGCCAGUUGAGACUUUGUCAUCUUUCUUUCUGCUGCCCCCUCCUCUCCAUGCUUUUACUUGCCUUUGCAUUUUCCUUCCUUUCUUCCUCCCCUUCUGUCAGUGCAUUGCUGUCAGCAGCAAGCCCAGCAAGAGCUGGGUCCCUCUUGCCUUCUGGGUUGUUGGGGUUUUUUUGGUAUGUAUGUAUGUAUGUAUGUUGUUGUUCUUUCUUUCCUUCUUUCUUUUUUACUGCAGCAGCCUUUGGCUGCUUACUCUGCCAGGCUGGAUCACCAAAGACACAUGAUUCACUCACAAUGAAUAAUCAAUACCAAUAUUGAUCUGUGGAAAAUGUUUGUAAAUUCCUGGAAAGAAAAUCAGGAACGGGGGACAGGGAGGUUUGUGGGGGACGACAGUCAGUUUGCAGCAGCGGCUUCCAGUAAUAGGAGAAGCAUUCUGGGGUCCCAAGCCACAUCUGCUUCUCCCCCACCCAUUCUUCAGCUGAAAUGUGCCUGAACAUGCUAACCAGGAAGCUGGCAAAAGUGUGCAAAAUGGAUAGCAGAGGUAACAUGUCUGUCCCACACUGCCUAGAGCAUUUCCAUGGCCCAGAAUCUGGGGGCAGAAGGUCAAUGUAAACAGCUAUCUGCUACUACCUUACCUGCACAGUAUGGUUUGUAUCCAGCUAAGUUCUAUUUAGAGUUGACUCAUUGAAAUUAAUGAGCCUAGGUUAGUAAUGUCCAUUAAUUUCAAUAGUUCUGCUUGAGCAUGACUAAACUUGGAUACAACCCUUCUUCCUUCCCUUCUAGGAAAUGGUCCAGCUCUGUGUAAUAUGCUCUUGGGCAGCCACACAUCAUUCUACAGGUUCAUGGAAAAACAAGUGAGUUCCUUCUGCUUUUCAAACCCGUCUGUCUGGUUACCUAGGGACAAUUCUUACGGUAUAUGCCACAGGGAGCGCACUUGUUUUGGGCUUGCCGAUCAGAAGGUUGGCGGUUCAAAUCCCCACAGCAGGGUGAGCUCCUGUUGUUCUGUCCCAGCUCCUGCCAACCUAGCAAUUUGAAAGCACACCAGUACAAGUAGAUAAAGAGGUACCGUUGUGGCCGGAAGGUAAAUGGCGUUUCAGUGCACUUUGGUUUCUGUCACCAUGUUCUGUUGCACCAGUAGCAGUUAAGUCAUGCUUGCCACAGGACCCUGAAAGCUGUCUGUGGACAAAUGCCGGAUCCCUCAGCCUGAAAGUGAGAUGGGCGCUGCAACCCCAUAGUCGCCUUUGACUGGACUUAACUGCUCAGGAGAACUCAAUAAUUAUAGGCAUCCUCAUCAAUGAAAACCUGGUUUUCCCAGAGGCAGUGGUGGGACACAGAACUUGAAUGUGUGUAUCCCACCAAGCUGAGUUGUGGCUGUGCUAAUUUUCCAAUACUCUUGCAUCUGUGAAAUCUACUGUUUGUACAUAGCCUACCCCUAAAGCAUCAGCUGUCACCAGUAGGAGAAAGGCUGGUUUGUUGUUGUUUUUUAAAAAAAGCAAACUUCUCUCUGGCUUCUGCUAAGCUCACACAAUCCAACUAGCAGAGACAUUGAUAUCACAGGGGGAUGAGAUGCCCCUGCUCAUCACAACUGCUCAAACCCAGUUAUUAAUUCUGCUGCCACCACAUCUGCCCUGUGACAUGUGUUAAUUCCAGUUCUUGGCCUCCCAAGCAGGGUUGCCAAAGAAGGUGCUUAUGAAUAUUUUAUUUAUUUAUUAAAUUUCUAUUCCACUGUUCCUCCCAGAGGAACCCAGGGUUACAAACAACAAAAAAUAAGACAGUAACAAUAUAUUAAAAACAAUUACACUGCAGUUGCCAAAUGGGAAAGAUUUCUGCUUAAAGGGUUUGUUGAAAGAGGAAGGUAUUCUCAGUAGGUGCUGAAAAGACUACAGAGACAGUGCCUGUCUAAUAUUCAAGGGGAGGGAAUUUCAAAGGGGAGGUGCCAUAACACUACAUUAUGUGGAACAGACCUCCCGAUAAGAUGGUAUCUACAAAAGGCCCUCACUGGCAGAGCACAUGAUCAGCUGGGUAUAUAAGGGGUGAGACGAUCUCUCUGUUAGCCUGGUCUCAAGCUGCUUAGCGCUUUAUACACCAAAACCAGCAAUAAAUAAAUAAAUAAAUAAAUUUAUUAUUUAUACUCCGCCCAUCUGACUGGGUUUUCCCAGCCACUUUGGGCAACUCCCAGCGGAAUAAUAAAAACACGAUAAAACAUAAAACAUUAAAAACUUCUCUAAAUGCUUUGAACUUAGCUAAUGGGCAGUUGUUGGCACCCGUCUGUCUCAAGAGACAAUGGAGUGCACCUUCGGGGGUGAAGUCAAACCAAAGUGACCUCCCUGGGGCACAAGUAUGGAGGUCCUGGGCUGCCUUGAUGACAACACCCCCCCUUCUCGGCCUCACUGAUGUGGUCCAAUGGAAAGCAGAGCAGUAUGUUCGGCACCAGCUUCACUACAGGAGUUGUCAGAAGGAGGUGUACAAGGCACCCUCCAGCCAUCUUAGUGGCUUCACUCUUAGGGUUAAUUCCUUAGCCUUUCUUCUCCCAAACAUCCCCCCCCCCAGGGCAGUGAAGGUUUAGGAUCAGGGUUUUCCUUCUCCUAAAUGGGCUACCUUCCCAAGUUGACAAGCCCCAUUUGCCCCUCACUUCCCUCUCCAUCAUGUGCAGAAACUGCUUCCUUGACCAUUGGACCCACUAUUGGUCUCAAUCCACCAGUCUGUAUUCUCAUGCAGCGGAAGUCCCUAACUCAUCAAGGGUUUGAGACCCAUCAGUUACCCUCACCUGGUUUAGCCAGCCAGUCGAAACUGUUCCUGGAGUGUGGCCACUGUUGCAUGUUGACAGCUUCAGUAGCCACAGGUAAGAGUGCAGGGGUGGAGACCAAAGGUGGACAGACCUCCCCGGAAGGAGCAUGAUGUGUCCCUCACCAGAUGCACUAUCCCUCCCCUAACACCCCAUACACCCCUAAUGGGCAGUAAUACCACAAUUAAAGAUGAGGGGAAAUAUGAUAGGUUUUCCUUGCAUGAAAGUCUGAACAAGGAACAAUUAUGACUGCAGAGAAGGACUGACCCUCACCUAAAAGACCAACUGUGCCGGAUCUGCAUGGGGACCCUUCACCGCUCCUUCCUUUAGGGUCAAAGGGUCAGUAAUCAUGCCCCCUGCCUCUGCUAGCAUGUAGUGGUUCUUGUACUUGAUGCAGAGAUUGGGAUGACUCCCACCCAAGUUUCCAGUGUUAUGUGAUGUGCAGAUCAGCUCAUAGGAAUAAAACCAGAGAAGCAAUCAUGGCUAUCUUUGGUUUGACACUUUUUGCAAUGCAGACUAGUUCAUUUUGGCAAAGCCUUUUCUUGUAAUUGGGCUUCUGUCGAUACGAAUUUUUAUUGUCACAUAUCACUGUAUCUCCUUCACCAGAAUCUCUGAUUGCCAUAAACAGUAAACACUGAAAGGAGUGUUUACUUGUCAGAAAAAGAAACAGUCAGAAAGUUCUGCCUCUUAAGUUCUACUUUAUUGUUGAGUCCUUCACCUUUGCACCACAUUUCUCAGUCAGCUAAGCAGGAUUCCCUUUCUUGACUGGUAGUUUUAUUCUUUCAUGGAACAAGCUUGUAUGGUGUAAUGGCAAACAGAGGGUAGCAGAGGGAAUAUUGUCAAAAAUCUCCCUCUCUUCUUUUCUCUCCCCUUGCUUUAUUAUCCUCUCUCUUUUUGUCAUUUAACUCCAAUUAUGGGAUGCUAAGUGCUUUUGGAAAUUUCAUUGUUAAUAUCUUCUUACAGUGCUAUUAACGUAAAUCAACUUUAAUAGUGUCCCAGCAAGUGUAAAAGCAAUCAAAAAUUCAGUACUCACGAAUCAUUCUGUAAUUUCAGCAUAAAAUGUUAAUAGAAAUAAUAUCGAAUACCAUAAAAUAUCAGCAAAUUCAACUUUAAAUAUAGGUGAUAAAUGACAUUUCUGUCCUGAGAAGUUCUGUGGACUUUGCAACAGGAAUUCUUUUCCUGGCAAGCCCAUGCUAUAGUGAUCCAGGAACCCUCUUACCCCUCCCUCCCCUUUGGCGCAACCAACAUCAUUUUUUGAAGAAAUUCUGUUUGUGGGAAUAUUUCCAUUUUCAGAAUCUAAAACAGCAUUUAGUCACAUGCAGCAGCAAAGCAGUUUUAGUGGCCAGAAUGCAGGGUCAGUGUUAAUUGAUUUUCAAGCAGCAGACACCUGCUAGUACCUGGCUGCCCUCAGGCUGCCCAGAAAAGCUCUAACUUCAUUGAUGUUGGCUGAGACUUGGAAUUUCCCAGAAAAAAGGCUUUAGUUGAACUGGAAUUAAAGCUGUAAAUAUCUAUCAUCUAUUAAUUAAGUUUAUAAAACCCUCAUGAGAGUCCUGUGGAAGCAACAUUUUUGUGCUGCUCAUAGUGCUGAAGAAAUCAUUUGAAUUGCUGGAAUAUUCUGUCUGCACAAGUGCAGCCCAAAGGCUUUAGGAAAGUGAAUGUGCAGUUCACUCUUAACAUUACAGUAUCCCACCCUGUGCUUCAGCUUUUCCCUUCUAGGAACCUGUGCUCCUGCCCAAGAACUUGGCAGAGGAGGUGUCACCCACCUGAUCAUGUUAGAUGCAGAAAAUGGCUGGGCUGACUCGAGUAGCUUUGAAGUUUGGGAGCACAACUGCCAACAUGAAGAAACUGUACUUUAUUUAUAGCUCAGUUUUGCCAGACCAAUAUCAGCUCAGGUAUCAGAGCAUUUCACUAUGUGUGUUGUCUCAUUUCUGGGCUUAUCUUAAAUUUAAAUAAAGAUUUCUUAUAAUUCUCAUCACUGCUAAUAUGCUCAAAGUUCUUUGGAAAUUAAUUUCUAGGCUCAAAUGUUUUUCUGUAAUGAAACAAGUUGCAGCUUGAGGUGGCCAUUUACACCAGGAAAAUGCUAUAGGUGUGGAAGGAGAGUGCUUUAGGCACUCCCCAUGGCUUGUUCUUAAAGAAAUUUAAAGAGAUGUCUCACAGAUCUCUGAUUUCUUGUCCAGUUGGACCCCCAUGCUUAUAGUUGGAUGUUGAGUGUUUCCGAAUAGUGUGUAAUGAGGGGCAGCACCAGCCAGCCUGGGGCACCACCUGGUAGUGAUUUGGCUUCUACCACCUCUGAUGCCAUUGGAGCAGCAUGGUGUGGUGGGAUAGCUUGCUGUCAGUCACUCCCCUAAUCCCAUCCUAUGUGCAGAUGUAUUUACCCAGCAGUAGAAGUCUUUCCUUUGGGAAGUGAGUGAACACUUGGUUUCAUACUCUGAUGGUCAACUGUCAUAUUAGAUUCCCCAGUAUGAGAUGCUUGAUGACUUCUUCAGCCAUUGCCCUCUACUAGGGUGGUGGACCUGUUUGAGUAGCCUGUUCUCAGAGCUAGAGGCAAAGAAGCAGACUGGGAGAUUGCAAAAACACAAGUGGCAAAUGUCUAGAUGUGGAUCCAACUAAACUCAGAAAAAGUUCAUUAUUGAGUUCACUCUCAGUAGUGAUAAUGGCAGCAAAUAAUAGUACUUUGCCACCAUAGUGUCUUUUGGAUCCAGGGACACGGGUGGCACUGUGGUCUAAACCACUGAGCCUCUUGGGCUUGCUGAUUGGAAGGUUAGCAGUUUGAAUCUGUGUGAUGGAGUGAGCUCCCAUUGCUCUGUCUUGGCUCCUGCCAACCUAGCAGUUUGAAAGCAUACCAGUGCAAGUAGGUAAAUAGGUACUGCUGCAGCGGGAAGGGAAAUGGUGUUUCUGUGUGCUCUGGCACUUGUCACGGUCCUCCGUGUGCCAGUAGUGGUUCAGCCAUGUUGGCCGCAUGACUCAGAAAGCUGUCUGUGGACAAACGCCAGCUCCCUCAGCCUGAAAAGCAAGAUGAGCACCACACGCCAUAGUUGCCUUUGACUGGACUUAACCAUCCAGGGGUCCUUUACCUUUUUACAAGUGGGAACCUGAGGGGAGCAUUAAUCAGUUUGCCAUUUAAGUGGUUGGGAGCUGCUUAUCCUGGUGGCAGUGGUGCCCAUGGUGAUGGCUAUUUUUUGCUUUUAAAUGUUGUGCCCACAAGGGGAGCAGCAGAGGCAAGCUUCUUCUUCCCUUUCUCCCACUCAGAGCCAAACCAGGGUUUCAAAUGGCUAAUAUGUAGAGAGUGGGAAAACAUGAUAGUGGCUGGACCAAGAGCUCUAGCUGCAGCCACUUUCAUUAAAAACCUGUGGUGGCAGGCAGUGACACUUAGAAGGGAAAAAAGAGUCAUCACUGCAGAGACUGCUGUUGCUACUAGUAAAAUAAGCAGCUCCCUCCCACAAACUGGUUUGACACUCCACCUCCUGAAAUUGUCAUUCUCUUUUUUUGGAAAUGGCUCCCCAUUUAGUGCUAAAUUUUGGUAUUGUUUCAGGCUUCAUUUUGGCACAGAAAUUAUCUUGUUGCUUGGACAGAUAGCCUGUAACGGGAGAAGGACGGGGGAAUGUGACCCUACUUAUUCUUCAGGCCAAUGAUCACCAACAUUUUGGGGUCUAGGGGCACAUUUGGAGUUUUGAGAAGGCACCACUCAGAAAAUAGCACCAGUAAGAAAAUGGCUCCUGCCAGAAGUGUUACACAAAAUGGCUGCCAACUCCAAAACAGGAGAAAAAGAAAAGAGAUGAUAACAUUAAAUGGUUUAAACACAUAAAAAACUAUUUAUUUAUUUUUUGUUAUCUGAGUAUUUUUGGUGGGAAACCUUCUUUUACAGGCACUGGUUGUAACUUUGUUUCUUGCUGGGGUAUUGUUGUAGAGCUGGAAAUUAAAAGAUAGCUGAAUUGAGGAAUAAUUUUGAAUUACUAUAGCCAGCCAUAUUUCAUAUAUAGUCACAAAUAAAAAUACAUACUUAAUGCUGGUUGGCAAGUCUGAGUUUUUAAGGAAUGAAAAAGAAUAAAAAUACAUGGAAAUUACACACAAAAUACAUUUAAAACCUCACCAUAGUAGUAGUUGAACAAUACGGGCCCAGGUUAGUGGGAAGCCUGAGGCUGAAUGUCAUCUACUAGCUCCUCAAUUUUAGGGGUGUAUGAGGAGAUAAUGUGACUGGCAAACAGCAAAUCAAAACAAAUAGAGCAGCAAAUGGGUGAAUGCAAGGAGUAGAAAAGACAGAAGUACUAAAGUGGAGGGGAAAGCAGUAGUUCUUUAGGACCCCAGGGAUUCCUGUUACCUAGUGUCCAAACAACUUGUUUAUGAAUCACACCUCUGACUUCAUGCAUAAACUAAAAUCACUGAAGCAGUCAGCCAAGUUCAUUUCACAGGAACUGCUUAGAAGAGUACCUGCACAUUGUGCUUCAUAACUUUCUCUCUCUCUAGGAGGGCUAGAGACUUAUUUGCUAAAAAAUGAAAGCCCAGAGUACAGGGUCCCUGCCUGGGAGCACCAAUGAAGAUAUUUACAAGUGCCAUGGCACCCAUGGCUGCUUGGUCACCCCUACUCCAGGCUCUCUCUGUGGAUUCAGCUAAGUCUCCUUCCACAUAGGGUUUCUGGUUUGGGAGUUGGGGCAUGGUGCUUCAGUGGUUCUACUCUUAUCUGGAGGGCUCACUCUGUUUCAUAGUGCUGAGUGAGUUCUGCUUAACUCCAUGACGUCUAUUCCAUGGGAAUUCAGAGGGUUUUAACAUCUACAGGAAUUUUUUGAGUGAGAUUAUCUGCAGUUUUGACACUCAAGGCAUCUCCACAGUUUUGCUGCCGAGUCUGAGAUGUUUUCCACUUAUCCUGUGCUUUCUAGGCACAAGUAAAAUCGGUUUUUCAUUUGUCCUGCUGCUUUCCCUGGAAAAACCCACAGUAUACCACUGAAUCAGAACAAAUGUCAAUCCACAGAAAAACCUAUUGACAUUUGUUCUGAUUCAUCAGUAAACAGCAGGUUUUCCUGGGAGAAAGCAGCAAGACAAGUGGAGGUGUGGACGAGCCCUCAGUCUUAACUAGAGAUGACCUUCAGCUCUAGCUCUCCUUUAUAUCAGAUUCAGAUGAAGCAAUAGAAAUGCUGACUCAUUGCCUCAAGGCAGCAAUGGACCAGGAAACGUACUCUUUAUGAGAUGGAAGUACUGGUGGUGGGUACUGUCCAUGGAAGUGGUAUUAUAUCCAACCUGUCCUGAAUUAGGUUCCAGAUCGCUCCCGCUAAAGGAUUAGAUUUGCAGUUAGGGAUUGCUCCAGCUCUGUUGCUAGAGAUCCAAGUGGCACAAGAGGGCCUUUUACCAGCCAAGGCUGAUACAUGAGCUGUGAUCCUGGAGAGAAAGAGCUUGGCUACAGAUACCCAUGUUCUGGUAACUUCCAGUUAAGACUACUGCAGUGAGUAUGGGGUGCCUUUGAAGACUGUCUGGAAACUGCGGUUAGUUCAAAACACAGCUACUGUCAGCUACUAACUGGGACCAAGUGUUAGAAACACAUUGUGCCAGAUAGCUUUGCUAGCUUCUUGUCGGACUAGCUUCAGAACCGUAUAUGGCCUCGGACAUGGACGUCAAUGUUACAUCUUCCUCUUUAUCAGCUUUACAUACACUAAAACUUGCCUCAUCUGAAGUGCGGAAGGUGGCUAUGGGCAAGAGGGCCUUUUGGGUUGUGGCACCAUGCUUGUGAAAUUCUCUCCUCAUGCAGAUUAACUUGACAUCUGUGCUUUAAUGCACUAGGCAAAGGCAUUCUUAUUUCCACAGGUUUUUACCCUAUGAUAUAUUUUUAUUUCUGGUCUGGUUAUUUUUAGUACCACCUUUUACUGUUGUCACUUGUUACUUUAUUACUGUUUUAUUGUGAUUUACAAGCUAUUUUAAUUUGCCCUUCAAAUAUAUGAUUGAAGGGCAGAAUGGAAACAUUUUAAAUACAUAAGUAAAUAAAUAUAUUCAGCUGCUUGCAAGAAUUUGAUGUGGGUGUGUAUGUGACUACUUGGAUUUGUAGUUUUAUAUUAUGAGUUUAAAAUUCAACUUGCAAAAGCCUUUGGGAUGGUCACCUCUCCUCCUGACAAGGACGCUAUACGUAGUUGCAUGUUAGUCAGACAUUCUAGAGGUGAAGUGUGUAUUCCUCUACCGUGCAUCACUAUGCUUCAUUUGUUGAAUUUCUGCCUGCCAUGCCUCUGUUAAUAAACAUAAGUCUCUUUCUCUACACCCUGAAUGAACCUAUUUCUGUAGAGUAUAAAUGAAGAUGAUAAAUAAAUGAAAAUGGUAUUGAAUAAUCUUUCAUUAAAAUUAAUUAAUGGAAAGCACAUUAUAACCAACAGAACUUUAAGACUUCUUCAAAUGUCUCUACAAACACCAAGCAAGCAAGGAAGGGCAAAAGCCUGCAUUUGGAGUGGUGAUAAGGUGCUUUUGUGCCCUUCUCUCAGAUAAAACUCUUAUGAAGGCAUUACACGCAGGCAGGCUGUCCAAUGCAAAUUGCAGUCUUGGAUCAAACCUCACCAGCAGUGUAUUAAUUCAGUAUUUAUGCGUAUUUUGAAGUGUUGCUUAAACUGAAUCAGACACUUUUUUCUUGUCAGAGCCACCCAUAUUUCCUCAGCUGUGUUCAGCUAUGUUGCAUGUGUGUAAAGAGAGAACCUGUCUUUUCUCGGGAACUUCCUAGAAAUGUGGAAAAUCUUGACAAUUGUUCUCUGUUAGUAGUUUUGACCUGUAAGCUGUAUAAAAUGGCAUUUAUUUUCUACCUUUUAGACAAGGUAAAGCAGCUAGAAAUCCAGGUGAAAUCUUUGCUGCAUCAGGAAAAGUUACCAGAAAAAGAAAAGAUGCCAAUAACAUACAUCUGAGCAGCUCUUGUAAAUUGUUUAAAACUAGCUAUUUGGAAAGUACUUGAUGGAAAGGUAUGCUCACUGCCAGGGAAGCUACUGAAAAGGGCUUUUCAGUCUUCCAUCCAGUACUUAGGUUUCCUGUCUUCCUUAAGGAAGACAAGGUGGCAUCUUCUGUGCCUGGCUGAAACUGCUGUAUUUUCAGGCUGAAAAAGAAGCAAUCUUUAAUCCUGUCAAAGUUUGAUAAUAUUAUGUGUAUUGACUGAAAUCCUACAGGGUGGACAUAGUGGGCCCUUUUCAUUCCCAUAGCACAUUGUAACCUAGCAGCUACCUUUGGAAAGUAACCAAUAACAAGAGGCACUUGAUAUUUGCAAGGAUCAUGGGGGUCCUCUCUCUUCUCAAGUUCCAAAAUUUACAAUAGUCUUAAUUUAAAAGUUAAGCCAGGGAUCAGUUGCUUAAUCUGGAACUGGGAACCUGGGAGCAGGGGAAAGAAAGAAAGAAAGAAAGAAAGAAAGAAAGAAAGAAAGACUCCUCUUCCCCAGUCUCAUAUGCCAGUGUGAGCUGACUCCAGCUUUCCCAGCCAAUUGUCAAGCGAACUGUUGUCUUGCUUUUAAUUAAGGGUAUCUGAAUCAAAAUUGGAUAAAAAGGACUGGGAGCGGGCUUCAUUCCUGCAGGUGUUGCUGAAAUACACAAGGCAGAAGCAGCUGGUAAUGAGUUGGUGAAAAUGAAAAAGGGACAUAAGUAGCUUCUUUAGCAAAUCCCCUGGAAAUGACACAGAGCCUCUUAGAUCGAUAGGACUCAUCUAGCCAAGGGCUGCUGGACCCACUUACACCUCGGGGGAGAGAGGUGGAUGGCUACAGUAUUACCUAUGAAACCGAAGCAAAGUCUCAUUUCAUUAUUUUCUUCCUUCCCCAGCAUCAGUGCACAUGAGGGCUUGAGGGAGAUAGUGCAUAAUAUAGGGACAUUUGAUGUAGUCCCGGCAUGAGGAGGCCAGGUGCCCUGACAAACUGUUCCUGGAGCACCACAAAGUAGGAUGUGGCAUUUGAACACAAGUGUGAUAGUUCUGUUCUUGGAUGGCUUAUCUAAUUAGAUUCACCCAAUCUAAACAAGGGUGUGUGUGGAAUCUGGCAGAGCACCUUCUGGCCAUAGGUUCACAGUGGUUGCCCUAAUACCCUGAUAGACACAUCCAGUGUAGCUGGCAAGUCAGGUCCUGCUCAGCACAGAGCUGGAACAAGCACAAUUCCCUGACUGAACAAAAAGGCUAGUGGCAACUGCUUGUGAAGGCUUGGAUUUAUGAAGCAGCACAAUAUGCAGUGAGAGUGGAUAUUUGCAUCUGCUGGGGAUGUAGAGAAGGAGCUAAAAAGAAAGCAUCAAGGAAACCUGGUAGUGUUGGAAGUGGAGAUUAGCCUGGGGAAGGCUUCCUCAUAGCUCCUUCCUUCAUUUUGCACAGUGGUGUGCAGGGGAGUUAAAAAUGUUUUAGUGUGUGAUUAUCUUUAGGUUAUGGUUGUAUUUAUAUUGCUUGGGACCUCACUGUUUAAGGUGAUUAAUUACUUAAUAAUAAUGCAAAACUGAAACUUUUAAAGCAAAGCAGAAGAGAGAGCAUCUGAAAGCUAGUUGGAAAUGGAGAUUUGAGACAACUUGUCAAGCCAAUGUUCAUAUAUAUUUAUUUAAUUGUUGUUAUUUGUAUACCUCACCAAAUCAAUAAAUGUUUGGUUGGACACCGCAGUAGCACCAAGCACUCUGGAACAUUGUUCAAAUGCAAAUGGAUUUCAAAAAAGUAAUUGAGGUGGAUAAAAUAAAGAUAACAUUCAUUUUAGGGGAUAUUUGAAGCUUUCUCUAUAUCAGUUACUGGAUUUUGAAACAUCUUGAUUUGGGAAUAUGUGGAAAUAAGCUGAGCCACUCAGCUGAGUAGCAUUUUAUUAAUUCAGAUUUUCUCAUUGAGGAUUAGGGAGGACAGUAUACUACAUAUAAUGAGGCAUACCAUCUAAACAAGUCUGUAGUCUCUGACAAAUAAUUUACCUUUGAGGGGGGAAAACACAUUUCAAAAAUUUUGCUGUUUUUUCCCCAUUGUUACUGAAUUUUAAAUGGUAUUAUUUCUUGUUGUGAGACCUUGUUUUAGGGCAGCCUGUUCAUACUGUAAAUAAAUAAAUUUGUUGGAAUUACUUGUUUUAUAUUAUUGCCAUUUAGUGAGCUAUUGUAGGAGGGAAUUUGAAAGCAUUCCACCUACUCUUUGGAGGGCACUGAAAUUUCAGAGGGUCUGCUUCAUUUAAUCUGGAGCCAAGGAAUAGCUGGCUUUGCUCUGAGAGCACACCCUGCUGGUCAGUGUGAGCGCAUCUAAUCAUAAUCCACAAAUGGACACCAAAAAUUAAUGUGCAAUAAUAUAAAAUUGUACAAAAGAUGAGGUAGGGGGCAGAAUAUGUUACCAGUAGAGCCAUUCAUGUUCCCAUAUGAAGUACUAUCACCUAUUUUUACUCCUAGGUCACAGAAGAAUGACAGAGAAGGCUUGACAUCUUGUAGGCCUGAUGUGGACUAUAUAAUCCAUGACUGAUAAAUAGCAUGGCUGCUGCAGUCCUGAAGCAUUAGGCUUAACAGGAAUUUGACCUGAAGACUUGAAGAAAUGGUGUGGUACCAAAGAGAAAGAAGGUGCCUAGACGGGGGGGGGGGGGGUGUCCAUACUUUCUAGUGACCAGCAGCUAAACUGAGAAAUAAAUACAGGCUGUUUAGUUGUCUGAAGGCAUCAUUAUAUUACCUAUGGCUAAUAUCAGUCACUAUCUGUUACUAAUGGUGUUUUACAAUCCCCCACACGCCUCUUAUAGACCAAAAAUAUUGGUGCCCCAAAACUAUUACUUCACUGUUAUGGUACUUUCUCUUGGUUAUCCUUUAUUUCCCAGAGUCUGGUGGCUUUUAGAGUGGACUCUGAACACAGCCUGUAAGCUGAGCUGAAGCCCUGUUCAGUAUGUGACUAGUUACUAGGGUUAGCUGAAAGAAUGUGCAUUUAUUUACUGAAGGUACUUUAUAAAUCAAUACCUUGUUUUUGAACUCAGGUCAAUAGGAAUAACUCAGAAAAACAACAAACAACUACAGCAGCCCUAAAACAGCACUUUCAGCAUAUUGAUUUUUAGAAUAGUAUCUUUUCCUGGUAUUAUUCACACAAACUUGAAUAUCACAAGUCAUAAUGAAUGUAUAAAUAAAUAUAUACGUGAAAUGAAAUGAACAAACAGUCAAAGCAUUGUACCUUGGUGGCUCAGCAAAAAUUAAAAUGUCAAGAAAUGUUAGUGUUGCCCUCUCAAAAUUGUGCAGCACUGAAAACGUAGUUUGGAUUCACGUAUGUCAAAAUGCUACCAGUAAUUGAGUAUGAAUAUAAUUAACUUCCUUUUAAUGUGAGAAUCAUAACAUUUACUUUCUUCAUGCAAUGACUACUAGAACCUUAUUGUUAGGCUUAGAAUGUGUGUGUACCAUUACAAUUUUAUUGCUAGCAUGUUAUUUUAAGGCAUAUGCAGUUAUUUGGGAGUAAGCCCCAUUGCACCAAGUGGCCCAGUGUGCAUUUCAUGGUAAACCAUGAUUGAUUUCUGGUUUCUUUGUUUCCUCCCUGCUAGCACAUGAAAGAAACACACCACGACCUCUAACUUAGCAUUAUGUUCAAACACCAUAGUUGUUGUUUUUUUGCUUCUAACAAAUCAUAAUCAGUAUGCCAAAAUUAAACCUUGGUUGCAGAUCAUAACUUGCUGGAAGAUAAACCCACAACCCUUGGUUUGGAUGUGAGAGUGGUCUGUUUCUUCCACAUUCUAGAAGGGAGGAGACAAACAGACAAGAAAGGCUUGUUCAUGGUAAACCAACAAGGCAAAUGAUGAAACUUUCUUCUAUGUAAAUAUGCAUAGGAUUGGGCUGCACAUGUGUCAGUGUGUCACUUUCAUAGAAUCAUAGAAGUGUAAGGUUGGAAGGGACCAUGAAAGUAAACUAGUCCAACAAUGCAGCAAUGCAGGAAUCUUUUACCUAACAGACUCAAACCCACGACCCUGAGAUUAAGAAUCUCAUGCUUUACCAACAGAGCUAUCCCAGACAUCUUUGAGCCUCUGUUUGUAUACUUGGUGGUGAGGAGUGUACAAAUGUUCAAAUGGAGCUCUGACCCAUAAGGUCAUUUUCAUGGUCAAAUGUGGCAUAUUUUGCAAUUAAUUUUGGAUGCUUGGAAUUUUUAAAACUAUGCUUAAAGGGAAAGAAAGAAUUGUCAUUGAGCAAAAAUACAAGACAUCUUCAAGGCAUAUCUAGCUUAGGAGUGGUUGUUAUUUGUAGACGCCCAUCUCAGCAUUCUAUGCCCACUCAGGUUGGUCCUGCAUUUCUGGCUUCAGACUGGAGGCGAUGGGAUAAUACAUUAUCACACACCUUUCUCUCUUCCUGCAGGGGUGUUCCCCAGUCAUAGCUAUGGGUCUAGUGACUUGCUCCAGUUGCCAUACUGGACCUUAAGGUGUCAGGCAUGCAUACGUGCUCACUCUCCCACAGCCUGCUCUUCUGAAUUCUGCCAGACUCAGCUUAUACUUUCUUCUUCUCAACUUUCUGGAUCCACACAUUUUGACAAUCCUGGAGGGAAUAAGGUAACCAGGCUAGCCUGUAGCAGCAAAUAAAGCAAAGAAAUCAUUCUGUCACAAUACAUUUGUAAGUUUUUAAAGUGUGACAAAGCUUCAUUCUUUGUACUUCUGAACUAGUUCUUCUAUACUAGGAACAAGUUAUAUUAUUUUGUUUAUUCAAGGUAUACAACUUGUGAGAGCCAGUGUGAUGUAAUGGCUGGGGAAACCCAGCCAGGUGGGUGGGGUAUAAAUAAUAAAUUAUUAUUAUUAUAAUGGUUAGCCUGCUGGACACAGACAUGAGAUACCAGGGUUCAAAUCUCUUCUCAGCCAUGAAACGCACUGGGUAACCUUGGGCCAGUCACUGUCUCUCACCUAACCUACCUGACAGGAUGGUUGUGAAGAAAACAUGGAAAGUGGAAACCAUGUACGUUACCUUGAGGAAAGGUAGGAUAUAAUAGGGUUGAGAUAUUUCAAAAAGUGAAAAUCUGGACACAAAUGUCCAGAUUUUCAUGUACAUUUACGUAAUUUCUGCCCAGACAAUGUUUCCGAUGGCCGAAUCCCAGUAAUGAUUGGAAAAUUCCAGGUGUGUGGCAACCCUAGGAUAUAAAUGUAAUAACAAUGCACAAAUAAAUAGUUUUUAUAGAGUCAUAAGUACUUGAGAGGGUAUUGCAGGACAUCUUGGUUGAUGCAGGAAAUACCCAACAGAUAGAUGCCAGCCCAGCCUCUGCAUAAAAGACAUGCAGCUAGGAAGAGUCCACCCACGCCCUUGCUGCCACUCUUGCUAAUUGGAUCAAUUUUUGAACUGUUCUUACAAUCAAGACCUUUAUCCUAAAGCUUGGACAUCAUCUGUACUUCUGUAAUUGAAGCCCUUUAGAACUUGUUCUGCCUAUUUACUGUAUUUUUCACUCUAUAAGACGCAUCAGACCACAAGACACACCUAGUUUUUGGAGGAGGAAAACAAGGGGGGGGAAAUCUGAAUCUCAGAAGCCAGAACAGCAAGAGGGAUCACUGCGCAGUGAAAGCAGCAAUCCCUCUUGCUGUUCUGGCUUCUGUGAUGGCUGUGCAGCCUGCAUUCGCUCCAUAAGACGCACACACAUUUCCCCUUACUUUUUAGGAGGGAAAAAGUGAGCCUUAUAGAGCAAAAAAUACGGUAUUUACUUCCUCAGUUGCUUUCCCGAUCAUUCUUGGCUACACAGGAUAGUAACACCAAGGUGCAAACUUGCUUCAUUUCUUGUCUUAAUCCAGUGAUAAUUCAGUAUGUGGCCUGCCUUGGGCUAGCAGCAACUCCUAUUUGGCUACCAAGUUUGCCAAUUUGUCAUCCUUUCUUGAAACUCUAGUUGUCUACAUUUACUGUCUUAGAUGAACUCCGUGACCUCACCUUGAGGUGUUAAGAAUUGCUAAGGGCCAUCAGAACCUGUGUAAAUUACAGCCACGCAGACAGCAUGUUGAAAAAUCAAUAAGUAAUGAAAUAGUACUGCAGCAGAGUAGCCAAGAGAGCAAUGGGUGGGAAAAUCCUGAGGACUCUGUUUCAUUUUGUCAAAUAGAAAGGAAGAUGUUCUGGUGUAAUGUUACAAAAUUAUCCCCACUGGUCAGGGAAGAAAUUGAAAUACAGGAGAGGUGCGAAGCAGGUGUGAUACUGCCUCUCUUGGGCUCAUGAAACUCUUUGCUUUCCCUUAAGAAUAUAGCAGCCUCUACUUAAUUCUGCACUGACUUGUCGUUUGCUUUUCUGUAAUGAGGUAAUGAAAUGGAUUUCUGUCUCCAUGUAUUCUGGGAUUGGGCAUCUACUGCCUUCUUUCAUCACUCCAUGAUUGUUGUGAAUGAUCACCAGCAUUCAGAUCCACCCAGCUAGCCAUGCUAGGGAGGUAGACAUAUUAGGAAGAAUUUGUAGAAUGUAGAUAAUAGAAAUGGACAGAACAAAAUGAAAAGCAAGGUCUAUUUUGAGUCUCAAUUCAAAACCGUCCACUCACUUUAACCCUUCCAAAGAUCAACACGGACAGUCAGUUCAAAGGACAGCUGCACUUCAGUCUUCAGAUUAUUCAAGCAAGUCUCAGAAGAAAAUAAGAAUAAAUAUGAAGGAAUUAGAUUCCUGGAAAAGUGGAGAGAAGUUGGACAAAGAGAGUAUGUUCCACUUGCAGAAAAACAUUUAAGGUUAGAUAAGACCACUGCUUUCAAAUACAAAAGGGGGGGUCCAGGAAGAGAAAAACUGAUCUCCUUUGCAGUGCUGAUUUACAUAUCAGGAAGAACGUCUUAAAAGUAAGAAGAAUUGGAGCAACCUUAAAUGUCAGAGAACUAAAUAGUCUCUGAAUUAUAUAUAUUUUGAACACUGAUCAAUCCAUUCUGUGGUCCCUCACACCUACAGUCUGAUAUGUAAAGUCUAUGAACAGUGUCACCAUUUCUGUUCUAUCUGUGAAGUGGGCCUCAGCCAGACUGUACCCUUGUUUGUGCUUCUGCCCAAGUGCUCCUAAAGUUUUUUGGGGUGGAUGGGUGGCACUGCAGAAUCCAAGUUUGUGACUCAAUUCCUUACAUGUAUAGAAGGAUUCAUAAAGUGUUUCUAAGUAUCUGAAGAGAAAUACACUCUGACCUGUUCACCAGAAACAACAGAACUAUUUCUUUGAACAAAAAACAGGAACUGGAGGAAAAUCCAGCUGCAAAACUUCAGUGCCAUUUUUCUCUUUAGAGCUCUACAAUCUUGAAGAACUGCCGUCAAAGCUUUUCUGAAUGAGCAAAUGAGAGGAUUUUUUUGUUUUGGUUGUUGCCCUCCUGGGACUCAUUGGAGUAGCAGGAUAAAAAUUAAUUAGAGGCUGUUUGGAGGGGGCUUUGGAAGAUCGCCUCAGGCUACACUUCAGUCUGGUUGUUAGAAGCAAUAUCAUCACCGCCUCCUCUCCCACUGAAGAGACCUGCCUGGGUGCGGCUGGGGGGAGCCACAGAAUGUUCAACACAGACAUCAGAGCCAAGAGCUUCCUCCCAUAGAGAUUACUUACUGCAAAAUCAGUGGAUCUACCUGCUGACAGCCCCAGAAAUAUGUCUUGUUUCAUUUUCUGGUGUCUUAAAGAGGUUGCUUAUGAAGCUCAUAGAACACUGAUUAAAUAUCCACUAAAGAAGAUUCUUUCCCUUUACUCUUUUUCAUGAAUUAUGCUAAUCAGAAGGAUGAAUGGAAGGUUCUGGUAAUGGAACAGUUUUUCAGUGGCUGGCUUUCUUUUUCUAGGGAAUGGACUGACAGUGUGAGGAUGAGGGUUACAAAUAUCUGUCAAUCCAAAUGAUUGUUCAUUUGGAUAGGAAACUCAAAUACUUCCUGGCACUGUUGUCUUCCUUACUGGAACUCUCAUGCAAAGCCUGUGUGUAGGUGUAGAGCUAAACACAAUGGGACUUGACUGUUGACAAGUGAUCCUUGGAGGCUUCUUUGCUGGUGCGUCUGGUCUUCAUGUAGUUCUACCCAUUUACUGAGUUUGCUGCUUGCUGCAUAGGCAGAAACUCUUCUUGACAGACAGGCAGGCAUCAGUGUGUGGUAAUAGGAAGCAGAAUCAGGGGCAGGCAGCUGGGCAGACUGAAGUCCUGCAGGACCUGGGACAGUUCCUAGGGAUAGCAGAAGCUGAACCAGCUAUGGCGGAGGUUUUCAACCUUUUUUAGUCCAUGGCUUUCUUGACCAACUGCAUUCUUUCUACGGCACCCCUGUGGGGCUCAGGAGCACAGUUGUGUCACCCCUUGCCUGCAGAGCUGGCAGCCUCUCACUGUUUUUGGAACACCCUCCCUUGUGGAGUGUUCCCUUAGACUCCUCUCCUCUGCCCUCUCCUUGGGAGUCCUCUGGGCAGCCACCACCACCGCCCCUGGUCUCUGAGCCACCCCUCAACCUCAAGAGAGUUGCCACCUCAUGCUACCCCACAGGAACCUGGGAAGAGGAUGUCCCCAGCCUUGGUGGCCCAACAGAGAUUGGCCAAAGGUGAAUGUGAGGCAAGCAAUGGCAGCAGUGGGUGCUGCUGGACCUUCAUGGCGGAAAGUCUCCCCUUCAGCACCGGGCACUUAGCUCCCAGGCAGGCCUUGCACACAGCAAGUACAAUAAAGGCCGGUACCCACUUUUGGAGCUUAUAGUCAAGGCUGCUGCAACAAACAGCUGUGCAAGCCUUUGGGAGGCAGAGAUGCAAGAGAGCAUCAGAGGAGGGAGGGAAGGAAAGAGGGACAGAGGCCACUGUUGCCCACAGCACCCCUGACCACCAUUAAAGGCACCCCAGGGUGCCACGGCACAGUGGUUGAAAACCACCAAGGUAUGGGCUCCACUGAACCCUUAUUUCCUCAAGUAAAAUCUGAUGUCAGCCAGAGCCCCUUCCCCACCUCCUCAAGUGGCUUUUGCCUUCUCCAGGGUGGGGGUGGGGGUCAAUAAGAGCAAAUAUCACAUUCAGAUCCCUCUUCUGAAAGGUUUGGGCAGCCACUCCCAGAUUCAGAGUUAGGUGACUCUGCCUCCUUCUUCAGGAGAUAUGAUUGGGGUCUUCUUCAACUGCUUCUGUCUCUGCUGAAUUUAGAGGCCAUGAGAUCUCUUGGGCAAUUGUUCCUGGCUCCAGUUCACUACCGGAGUAAACUGAGAUUCAGGGACAUUUAUAUGUAUGACUUAAACAGGAUUAUUCUGCCCUUCAAGAAGCAUUCUAAGAAUCAUUGUUGUGUAUGUUCAGUUUUGCUUUGCUUUUUUCCAUACCUUCCUUUGCUAAACAAUUUUCAGGCAUCAGGAGACUUAAAUUAUACCAGUUCCUUGAGAGCACCAUUUCUGAGGUCUCCCAGCCCAGCCUGGCCUACUUCCCAUUUUUCCACUGAGAAGAAACAGAAGUCAUUAUCUCAUUGCAGCACUGCAGCUUUUUAAGUUCAAUGUCAAUAGCUAGUUAGGAAAGGGCAAGGCAGGUCAGGGAUUAGGACUUCAACUGUCCUUGCUGUUUCUCUGUGGGAUGAUCUGCUGUUUUCCUCAGUGUAAUAAAUAAAUAAAUAAGAUUCCCAUGCCACUAUCUCAGAAGUGAUCAGAAAAGGAAAAUGUCAGUUUUAGAACUGACAGAAUUCUGAUAAAAAUGUGAAAGUGUGUGAGUUUUUGUGUGAAAGAGAAAUAUUUUGCUGCUUUUAAAAACUUAACACCCCUUAUUUAUUCUCAUCUUUUUCACAAGCAGCUUGGCAGUCCCUUCCUUAGUUUCUUUGGUUUGUAACUAACUACUCAGAGUAGACCCAUUGAUAUUAAUGAAAUUAAUCAUGUCCUUUAACUUCAGUGGAUCUACUCUGAGUAGGACUAGCAUUGAAUACAACCCUUUCCUUCUUUAAAAAAUAUUUCUAGAGAGCACCCCUCAUAUAAAUAUCAAGGCAGUGUACAACAAAAUAUGUAAGUACAAUAAAAAAUAAAAUACCAUAAAAACAAUAUUAAAAAAUCAUUAAAAUGACUGACUCAUCUCAGAAAAAAUGUAAACAACAGAACAGGACUGUCACCAUAAAAAGGUCUUCAAGAGAUGCCUGAAAAACAGCAGUGAGAAUCCCUGCUAAACCUUUGCUAGAAGAGUAUUCCACAGUAUGGGGUCAGCAGCAUUACAUGCCUAACUUCAAACUGAAGCCAGUUGGGCUUCUGAAGCAUCCAGAUUCUGCAUAGAAUUCUGAGUUAAUUUUACUUGGCCUUGUGUCUACUAGCUUUCCAUAAUCUUUUAAUGUCAUAAUUUGUACCAGAAGUUGCAAUCACAUCCCUUCUCCCUCCUACAGAAAUAUAAGUGUAUGAAAGAGUUUUCAGAACAUCUCUUUAUUUUUCUUGAAUUACAAAAGUCCUAUUCAGUUAGUAGCUUAGGUGAUAGCUGUUGCAUGAGGGGCAUAGUAGGUCUGUGCUCCCUAGUCCUGCCAUCACUAUUUCAUCCCCUGCUGGUGCCACCAUGCUGAGUGGGGAGCCUGCUCCACAUGCCAGAUUUAGGACUCUAAUGUGGGCAUGCAGAAUAGACUCCCCAAUUCAGAGUUACAAUUUCCAGACAGGUUUAACAAUCAAACUCUUUUCACAUGGAACUCUGGGAAUUCUAGCUCUGGGAGGGGAAUAGGGGCCUCUGAACAACUCUCAGCACAACUCUCUUAAACUACAGCUCCCAAAAUUCUUUGGGGAAGCCAUGAAUGUUUAAAUAGGUAUUAUAGCACUUUAAAUGUACAGUGUGAAUGUGUCCCAAGACUACACUCCUAAACACUUUUUCUGGGACUAACAGUAAAUUAUAUGGACUUCAGUGACAUUGACUUUAAAGUAUAAAUUGUGUCCAAUGGAGCUUAUUUGUAGUUUAAUAGAUUAAUUUAUGAAUAGAUAAUCUAGUAUUUUUUUCUGUUUGGGGCGAGGGAAUGGCAAUCUGAAGGACCUUUUUUAUUCUUGAUUUUAUACAUGUUGCUUUUUUAUAAGCUUGCUUUCAAUUUUAAUGUAUAUAUUAUAGUCUUUGUAAACCACUUAUAUGUUUUAUUUACAGUUAAGUGGUAUACAGAUCUUGUUAAAUAAAUACAUAAAUAAAUAAAUACAUAAGCGAAUCUCCAUUGUUUCUCCAAAACAAGUCCUGCCUGACAAAUCUCAUUUCCUUUUUUGAUAGUUACAAGUUUGGUGGAUCAGGGGAAUGUUGUGGACAUAUGCUUUUUACAAGGUGCCCCAUGAUAUUCCUGUGGAGAAGCUGGAUGAGGUUACUGUUAGGUGGAUUUGUAGCUGGUUGACUGGUUGACUGACCAAACCCAAAUAGUGCUCACUAAUGGUUCCCUGUCAUCCUGAAAAAAGUGAUAAGUGGGGUACUACAGGGUUCUGUCCUUGGCCUGUUGUUGCUGAAUGUCUUUAUAAACAACUUGGAUGCUCAUCCAAUUUGCAGAUGGCACCAAACUGGGAGGGGUAGAUAAUGCCACAGAAGACAGAAUCGGGAUUCAAAAAGACCUUAACAGGUUGGAGAACUGGGCCCAAACUAAUAAAAUGAAUUUCAAUAGGGACAAAUGUAAGGUUCUACACUUAGGCAGAAAGAACCAGCUGCACAAAUAUAGGAUGGGGGACACCUGUCUUGUAUAUGUGAAAAGGAUCUAGGAGUCUUAGUAGACCACAAACGUAACAUGAAUCAACAGUGUGAUGCAGCUGCACAGAAAGCUAAUGCUAUUCUAGGCUGCAUCAAUAGAAGUCUAGUGUCCAGAUCAAGGGAAGUCAUAGAACCUUUCUAUUCUGCCUUGGUCAGACCACACCUGGAAUAUUGUGUCCAGUUCUAGGCACCACAGUUUAAGAAGGAUAUUGACAAGCUGGAAUGUGUGCAGAGGAGGGUGACCAAGAUGAACAAGGGUCUGGAAACCAAGUCUUAUGAGGAAUGGCUGAGGGAGUUGGGUAUGUUUAGUCUGGAGAAGAAGAGAAUGAGAGAAGGGCUGUCACAUGGAAGAUGGAGCAAGCUUGAUUUUUGCUGCUCCAAAGGGUAUGACUCCAACCAAUAGAUUCAAGUUACAAGAAAGGAGAUUCUGAUUAAACAUCAGGAAGAACUUUCUGACUGUACCUUUCUAAUAAAGGUAUAGGAGUUGGCUGGACUGUUGUUGCUUGGAGGCGGGCAGUUGGCAACCCUAGAUCAAGGACUAGUGGAUGUCCCUAUCUAUGAUGGAUUUGGAGAAGGGAGGAUAAUUUUUCACAGUGGCAGGCCCCCUUCUGCAAGGGUUUGCCCAGAAAUAAUCCUGAUAGAUGCACCACAGGCUAAUUCUGGCCCCAAACCUUAUGGGCUAUCUGACUGUUUGGGAGGUUUACUAAUGUCACCUGACAACCAUCCCUUAAUCCCAGCACUAGAAAUAUUAAAUGUAAGUAUUAAAGGAGCUCAGAAGACAAAGCUUUCUGGAACAUUAUUAGAACACAAAGGUGUAGCUUAGCAUCUGUGGAGUUGCAUGUAAGGCAUUCAGAUAAAUUCCUUUUUAAAACCAAUGAACUGUAAAAUGGACUGAAAAGUCCAUGUAGUUUGGAAAGUUUAUUUGAGAAAAGUGAUGUGAAAAUAAAACUGCCAAUAUCAUAAUGCCAUUAUACAUACCUAUUAGUGUGACCACAUGGGCUUCUGUGUUCACUUCCAGUCACUGCACUUCAAAAUGGAUAUCAUAACACUGGGAAAGGGGCAACCAACAUGACUGAAUCCCCUAUGAGGAAAGGUUACAAUAUUUGUGUUUAGAGAAAAGACGAGCAAGUGGGGAUAUGAUAAAUUAUGUGUAAAAUUAUGUAUAGUGUGGAAAAAGUGGAUACUGACUCAAGAAAGCUAGUAAAGGCUGUGGCACAACUCUGCCCUUUUAAAUUUAUUUAUUUAAAAUCAUUUGUCUACCACUUGGUAUUUCAUAAAACCUCCCAGCAGUGCCAAAGCCCAGUCUGUCACUUUUGUAUUGCCUGGUGUCUCUAGUCUUCCUGCAUAUCCAGGUGAAAAAGCCAGGUUUCCUCUCUGAUACACACUCUCUGAUACUAUCUUGCCUGAGAGGGGUGCAAAUCCAGCAAAGCUUGCAUUGUAGUAGUUAGCACUGUGGCAGCCCUCCUCCCAUUUGUCCAAACGGUCUUAGUGUUGCUUCCUGAAGUACAUGGCCAUUUACCAUUGGCUGGGCUUAGCAAUCUGUCACUCAAAGCCACCUGGGGGAAAAGUUUAUAAAUCAUCAUUUAUUUGUAUGCUACCUUUCCAUAGUAAAUUAUGCUCAUGGCAGCUCACAUCAAAAUGGUUUACAUAAUUCACUAAGAGUUACAAAACAUAAAAAAUUAAAUAGUUAUAUAAAAAUGAACUAAUGAAAGCAUCUCAUAUUAAUAAUGAAACAAUAAAAUUAAAGAAUCCACUGAUAAUUCAUAAGAAGGUCUGACAAUAAAAAUACAAGAACAUAACUCAGAUGAACAGCAAAAAACCAAAAACAAAACAAAAUACAUUUCCAAAACCAACUCAAAUUUUGGCAAAAUAAAUGCAAGCAGAUAAUAAGGGGUACAAAAUAUUAAUAAAUGCGGAGCACAUCUCUGAAAACAUAAGACUAACAAUAAUAUUUUUUAACUUACAUUAGAAGCAGGAAACCAUCUAAGGAGUUAGUUGGACUGUUGGAUGACAAGUGAAUUAAAUAUGUGCUUAAGAAGGAUGAUACUUGUGCCUGAGUUCUUCAGGAACAGAAUCUGAAAAACUGAGGCAAAUAGUGGUGACAAUAGAUGAAAUUCUAAGCCUUACUGUCAAAUUAAAAUUUUAAAAAUUACUGGAUCUGCAUGGUAUCUAUCCAUCCAUUGGGGAUUGUAGCUCUGUGGGGAUCUCCUAACAAUUCUUAGCACUUUUCAGUCCCCAGGAUUCUUUAGAGGAAGCCAUGUCUGUUAGUGGUAUGUAUGUAUGGUGUGGGUGUGACCAAACUCACAAGAAAUUAACAAAGAGCAACCAUGAUCACACCACCAUCGCCAGCCAAAAAAACCCAGUUAUGGUUUAUUCUUUGUUUGCACCAUACUACCUCUUGUGGCAGAGAUCAAGCAUGGGAGAAGGUCUGUUUACCAAGAGCUGGAGCAGAGCAGCUCAUCUAUGAGCCAUCAAAACAGUAUUCCAUGGAAAAAUCCUUGUCUGUGGCUGUACUUGAACCUUUGAGGGGAGGCGUUCAUCCUUUUCCUGGGUAGCUCAUAGUUUUCUUGCUUGUGGGUGUCAAUUUAAAUGUAUUUUAUUGUUUUGUUUUUAAAAAACAGAUCUCACUUUCUUCCAAAAAAGAAAUGAAAAAGGCAGGAUCUCUGGAAAAUGAGUAAUGUUACAUUGGUACAUGUCCUAUAACUACCUUUGGUUAGGCAGUCUGGGGCUCAAUUUGAUUAAAAUGAUGAUUGCAUGUAGAAUAUAUUGAAAUCACAGAUAGCUGCUUGGUUUAAUUUAGAAUGUAGAAACACAAUAUAUCUGACUGUGAGUACACUGCAUGCCACUGAAUUCUAGACAUUUUCAUGUCAUGUCCUUCUGGCUUAUCUCAAUGGUUGUAUAGUCAAUGUAAGGUGAAUAUAUGUGAUGAGAAACUGAAGCCUUUGUGAUGUGGGUGGAUGACCACCUGUAAAAAAAUGUAUUAAUUGAUUAUGGGUUGCUGACAGGUUAUUCCUGUUCUUUUCCUCUUUCCUUGUCAAUCUAGGAAUUAUUUAUUAUUUACAUUGUGGUUAUAAAUUUCUAAAAAAAAAGUUUUUAAAAAGAAAAGAUUUUGAAGGUUCCUGGGAAACAUUUAGUAGUGCAGCAAGGAGAGUUGUUCCUGAUACAUAGAUGGUUCUGCAAAAAAUAUUUUCCAUUUACGUCUUUGGGGAGGAAGCACAUAUAGCUGAGUGCUAAAGCAGCUCCUUUGCAUGCAGAGGUCCCCAGGUUCAACAUCCUCAAUGUCAUCUCUAGUCUAAAAAGGGAUUAGGUAGCAGGCUGUGGAAAUUACCUCUUUCUGCCCAAGGAGACCAUCCUCUAUAGCCACUGCAAGUCAGAGUAGACAGACAGACCUGUUAUAAGGCAGUGUCUUUAUAUGAAAGGAAGUGCUAUCAAGUGACCUUUUAAAAAAAGAAAAACUGAUGGGAAUGGCUAUCAGAUAAACUUACAGACUUCUGCAGAUGUGGGUGGAACCUUGAGAUUUAUUUACAGAGUUUACUGUAUUAUAGCAUUGACUCUUCAGAUUUUUAUUUUUUUUACAGUGAUGCAUGGAUGAAUAUCUAAACUGCACAUAACUUUUUUCUCAAGGCUGACAGCCUUUCACAGUACGCAGGAAACAGACAGAUAUAUAUUUCAAUUGACACUUUAGGCAUUAGAUGUAUUUGCCACUACAUCUUUCAUGUUGCUGGAAAGAGUUCAGGCCUGGGAGUUCAGCUUAUUGACUUCUGCAGAGACUCUUAGUGGCCAGUGAGAAUUCUGGAGCAGGCUUUCCCCUCAUCUUCCCAAGGGCUACCUAAAGACCAGAGAGCCUUAGGGAAUAUAAAGAGAGUUGACAUCCAGGCAAGGGAGUGUUUGCUACCAUUUCCUGAAGAGACCAACAGUGGCCAAAGGAAAACUGGACAAGAGUUGUGACUAUGGCCAGAGUUUCCAGGGAGCACAAGUGCCCAUACCCUGGAAUCCUAAGGAGAGUUGAAAUCCAGAAAAUUUCUACCUUGGAAGCAGAUUAAGAAACAAUUAGUUGACCUACUCCUGAGACAAAUUUGAGUUGGGUGAGGAUUCAAAUAGGUGUUGUUAUUAGAACCUCCAAAAGAUUGCUACCGUCUCAGUAAUGUGAUAGUCCACCACCACACAUGCCUAAACUGCAUUGUUGCUUGUCUUGGGACAGGAUGGGUGCUUCUGCAUAACAUGGGGUUGUAUAGUCAUUCAGCUCAAGCAGCUCUACCUUAGCCCAUGCUGGUUCCCUGCACACAGAGAGGAAGGUAGGCAGCUUUAGGACCAACAGGAAAUGUAUUUUUCUGUUAUGCAAUGGCCAGUGUAACUGAAUAUUUUCAUGUUCUGUAUGGCACCUGCUUUCUCUAUAAUACUUCCUCAGAUUCUUGUUACAGUGUCAAGUCAGAAUUGCAGCCAGCUUUUGUUUGAAAGCACGUUAAAGUGCAAGUAGAUAAAUAGGUACCGCUCUGGCGGGAAGGUAAACGGCGUUUCCGUGUGCUGCUCUGAUUCGCCAGAAGCGGCUUAGUCAUGCUGGCCACAUGACCUGGAAACUGUACGCCGGCUCCCUCUGCCAAUAAAGCGAGAUGAGCGCCGCAACCCCAGAGUCGGUCACGACUGGACCUGAUGGUCAGCGGUCCUUUUACCUUUUUAAAGUAUUUUAAACUUUCAUUAGAAAAUAAUAUUUGGAAUAGAUUCCCUUUCUUUGUUGUUUAGUCACUUAGUCGUGUCCGACUCUUCGUGACCCCAUGGACCAGAGCACGCCAGGCACUCCUGUUUUCCACUGCCUCCCGCAGUUUGGUCAAACUCAUGCUGGUAGCUUCGAGAACACUGUCCAACCAUCUCGUCUUCUGUCGUCCCCUUCUCCUUGUGCCCUCAAUCUUUCCCAACAUCAGGGUCUUUUCCAGGGAGUCUUCUCUUCUCAUGAGGUGGCCAAAGUAUUGGAGCCUCAGCUUCAGGAUCUGUCCUUCCAGUGAGCACUCAGGGCUGAUUUCCUUAAGAAUGGAUAGGUUUGAUCUUCUUGCAGUCCAUGGGACUCUCAAGAGUCUCCUCCAGCACCAUAAUUCAAAAGCAUCAAUUCUUUGGCGAUCAGCCAGCUCUCACUUCCAUACAUCACUACUGGGAAAACCAUAGCUUUAACUAUACAGACCUUUGUUAGCCAGGUGAUGUCUCUGCUUUUUAAGAUGCUGUUUAGGUUUGUCAUUGCUUUUCUCCCAAGAAGCAGGCGUCUUUUAAUUUCGUGACUGCUGUCCCUUUCUUACUCCACCCUAAAACUUAUCAUGCAGUCCCAGGUGUGAAUGUGAAUAAGAAUAAUUAAUUAAUUAAUUAAUUAAUUGUUAUUUACUUAUGACAUUAGUUUCCUGCUAUGUGGUACCCAAAAUAUUCCUGACACAGCACGUAUGGAAGGCAUUGAGGCAUUGCUACUGGCAGGUGUAAGUUGCCCAUGACUCACUUCCAUAAAGCAGCAUGCUCAACACGCAAACCUGGUAGACCUUCAUCUUGGUAUUGGUUGUUAGCAUCACAUUCUCCCAUACCCUUUUGGAGAGGCAAGCCAUUGCUAUAGCUGCCUUACCAAUACGAUUGUACAGCUCAGAAUCAAUGAAAAGGUUGCUGGUUAUGGUGGAGCCCAGAUAGACAAAACCACCUACCACCUCAAGCAUGUGGCAAGCACCAGGCCUGUUGGCAGACCAACUCUGCGUUAUAAAGAUGUCUGCAAAUGUGACAUGUAGGUUGGCAGCAUUAAACCCGCCGUGUGGGAAUCCCUUGCAAUUGACAGCAGUGCCUGGAGACAGACAGGUUGUGUACCCACAGCCGUGACCAGAGGAAAAAUGACCGCAGGGAGGAGCUCAGAGAAAAUAAAGGCCAUGGUACAUCUGUAACAGCAAAACUGGAUGCCUUCAUAUGCCCCAGCUGCAAUAAAAUAUGUCUUUCCUGUAUUGGUCUCUACAGCCACAGCAGGCACUGUAACUCUCAGACGGUUUGACUUUACUCCCAAUGGCACACUCAUCUGUUAUGUCUUGGACAGAUGGAUGCCAAUAUACAUGCAACAUAGAUAACAUAAGGUUAACUAGGCAACUUACAAUGAAUAAGUACAAAAGCAAUUUAAAUAAAAAAUGAGACAUAAAACCAUAACACCCAAAGGAACAUAAAUAAAUACAACAAACAAUACCUCACCACACAUCCCAGAAUAUUAAAAAAUGGAACUUGCAUGUCAACCAGAGCUCUUCCCAUAUCCAGAUACUGUUUCACCUCCAUCUGUGCUAUGCUUGGGAAAAGGUGGAAAAAAUUCUAUAAGUUGUUGUCUAUAAACUCUUCAUGAGUGAAAAAUGAGAGAUGCUGGAGCUGUAGACAGUUCACUAAGUUUCGCUGACUGAUGGAUCAGCAAACUUGGGAGAAAAUCAAAAUUAUUUGCAAACAACGUAACUUGAAGUCUACAUAGAGAAUAGUUAAAAGAUGUCAAAACCAAACAGUUAGCAUCAUAAAAUAAAAGUAGAUACUACAAGCUGCAGCAUGUCACAGCUUUCAGGUAGCACAGCUCUGCAAAAGCACAAAAGGCCUUCAGUAUCGGGUAAUGAGGUGCAGCUAGUUACAUUUAAGAAAGAACACCAAGACCUACUUAAGAACUCCGCCCUUUCUUCCCAGGGCAGUUGGGAUUUAAACUGCUUUUUCCCAUAGCCGGGGUGGGGGAGGGGAAAGGCUUCCUUGUCUGUUCCCUUCCUCCUCCCAAAAGCUUCCUUGUCUGUUCCCUUCCUCCUCCCAAAAGCUCCCAUCAGUGAAAGAGAAACAAAAAACCAUAUCAGGCCAAAACAAGCUUGAGCACCAUGAGAAAUCAAGGCUACCAGAAUGGCAUUUGACACUGUCAGGCUGCAGCUGAAGAACAAGGGAAACGUUUUCGUACGACUGUCACUGACCCACAGGCCCUCACUCCUAACCUUGCUCUCCCACAUAUGUUUCUCAUUUCCUUGCUUAUAGCUGGCCCAAGCUAAUGAUCUGUGUUUUGGCAGCCAUCCCAUGCUUGGCAUACUGCCUGCCUUGUUCUCAUUGUCCCAGCUACUUACAAAACCUCUGCCCCACCCUCUCUCUCUGCAGCCCAUGCCUAUUCUGCACAGCUACCAUCUUGAAUGCUGUCUCUGCCACCCAAACAUAUCCCAUCAGUAACAGCCUGAAGAAAUUGCCCAUGGGUGAGGGGUGAGUUAAACACAAAAACAGUGGAAAUCCAAACAAAUCAGCCCAGCAGAGUCUUGCUGCUAUAAAUACUGAGGAACACAGGCUAUUUUGAGGGAUGGUGGCAUGGGAAAGUUCUGUCUGGAAUCUCAGAUCUAGCAGAGGAGACAGUUAUUUCCAGUGGACAUGGGAAGAGGGACUAACUACUCAGAGUAAGAUGGGAGAGGGCAUCAAACUUCCUGACUGAAAUAGGAAUCCAAUAUGAUAACAGAUAUGAUUUCUGUCUCCAUAAUCAAUGAAAGGCUGACAGGGAUUAGGUGUUUAACUUUCAACUUUUAGGUAACAAGGCAAGAAGCAAAUAAUUAAGCUUUAGUCCCUCAUUAUUAGUAGAUCUUUCUAUCAAACCAAACAGAUUUCUCAUAUGACUGCCCCUGUAAUUUGUCAUGCACUAUUAUGGUGUGAGCCAUUAUUGACUGAUGGUCCUGGGCUGAUAUCAAGCAAUGCAAGGCAUAGCACAAUUCCCUUUCAUGUGCAGUACAAAAUGUUAGUGUGGGUGCAAAAUGUUCCCACUCACAUUUUAGGUGGUUAAGAAGCUUCUCUUGGAUGCUCAUGUGUGCUUGUACAUGGACGGGGAUCUUCAUUUCAUGGGCCACAUUAUAGCUUUCCAAGAUCUGUACCCCCUGCUUUAUAGCCAUUAGGUCCUGUUCAUGUAUUAGAGAAUAAAUGAGGGGAUUAUUGAUAAAAAUGCUUGAUAAAAUACGUUCAGGAAUAUUCCCUCAUGUGAACCUACCUGGGUUUUGAGAUACAGUAUUCAGGGGAAGCCCAUCUCCCUUCUCAGUGGUUACUCCCAGACUUUGAAACUCCCUCUCUAAAAAAGCUAGACUGGCUCCCUCCUUGCUGUUCUUUCACUGCUUUUAAUGAGAGGGCUUGUGCUGUUUUUAUUGUAAUUAUUGGUAUGUUUUAAACAGAUUUUAUGUAUGCCUGUAGUUUCUAUCAAUGUUUAAUUGUGUUUUAAUUAUUGAUGUUUCUAUGUUUUUAGCAGUUCUUGUUUUUAUCUGUAAGUCACCUUGAGCCCAUCAGGGGAAAAUAGUGGGAAAUACAUACAUACAUACAUACAUACAUACAUACAUUGCUUUUUCUUCUAAAAAAAUGUUUAGGGCUUCUCUAAUUUUCCUACUCAUAUUGAAAUACUAUCCCUCAAUGGGGCCAAACUUAGAUUCACAAAAUGUUUAGGGGUAUUCGUACCCUACGUCCCCAAAGAAAAAAAGCGCUUCAUGCAUACAUGCAUAGAUACAUACAAACAAACAAACAAACAAACAAACAAAACCAUUAUUAUCCACAUCAAGGCUAUGUGUAGCUCCUCCACCCAGCCUGGUCUUUGAUAGUUCACUCAGCAGGUUGUCAGUAUUAAGAAAGAAUGAACCCUCUGAAGAUGUUUUUAAGGCGACCUUCAUACUGAGUGUUCUGGGUGCAACAGUAACCAUGGAUAUAUUUAUUUAGGCAUUUAUCCCCAUCUUUUAUCCAAAAGGGUUCUCAGAGACUUACAAGCCUGACCUAAAUCUGUGCUAAGAUGGUCCCUGCCCUAAGGCUCACAUGCUAUACAGAUAUGACACAAAAGGGAAAAGUGAUGAGAGGGAGAAGGGAAAAGCAGGCUCAAGCACAAGUUCUUAAAGUGCUAAAAAUAUGAUGCCUGUUCUGGAGGUUGCAAAGUUUUAAACUGCAUCCUAACAUGUAGAGAUGGAGUAUAUGUCAUCUUUUUCAUUUCUACAUGUUAUUCUGCUGUUAAGGACACAAUUGCUGGGUAGUUUAAAAGUUGGGAACCAAAACUGGAGUUAUGGCAGGAAAAAUGCAGAUUUAAAACCCAGAACUGGCAUCUACAUGGUUAAAAUAUCAUCACAUUUCAUCCAUCUUAAAUUUCCCAUAAACAUUCAGCAAAGCAAUUUCACUCAAUCACACGUAUUAACUACUUAAAUUCUCCUCUCCAAGGAUGUGGAUUGUUAUUUUAUGCCAAAUGUGCUGUAAUUAAGUUUGACAUAAGCACAUGGAUUAAAUAUGUGGUUUGGGGGACAAAUGGCAGAUUUUUUUCUUUCUCUCUCUGUUGUUAUGGCCAUAUGGAGAAUGCAACCAGAUAAUGGAUAGAUUUCCAAAUAUCUCUUUCUUGUUAUUUUUUUAGAUAAUAAUUUAAAAGGCUCAUGUUAUUGCAGGGGUUGCAGCAGCUCGAGGACCAAUUAUUUUGAGGUGAUUUGAGGUGAUUAAAAAUGAGGAGAAAUAAGAUAGGCUUUUCCAUUUUACUCAGGAGCACCUUGAUAGAUGAUUUAUAUAUUGCAAGCUUCUGCUACUUAAUAAUAAUAAUAAAUUUUUAUUUAUACCCCACCCUCCCCGGCCAGGGCCGGGCUCAGGGCAGCUAACACCAAAUAUGAAUUAUAAUAAAACGUGAUAGAAGAAACAACAAACAAACAAACAAUUAAAAUACAGCUUAAAAUACAGCUUAAAAUGCAGCCUCAUUUUAGUAGUAGUACUUAAGGUAGGCGAUCUCUGUCAUAGCAGUGGCAGGGAGAAUUUUGACUAGGUACACAUUGCUUUGUGCAGGUAUUUAGUAAAACUGAAUAACUUCACCAUAUAGAGCACUCCAUUUUACAUAGAGUCAUUCAGGGCACAGGAAUAAGUGAACAUACCCUGCCCUUUUAUUUGGCUACUGAGAUGCCAUUUUUAUUCCAGGGCCAGCCAUGUUAUCAGUCUCUGCAAUAGGGGGUAGUCCUCCAUUACAUUGCACCUAUCAAGUCAACUACCCUGGCCAAAGACAGAUGUUCCUUUAUGUUUGGUGAUGGGAAGACAAGGAAAUGUUUAGUGGCCAGAAGGCAGGCAUCACUGCAGAGAGAUGCUUUUAAGAGAUGCUGAGACUCCACAAUGGGUAGGGAAUGCGGCAGAAUAUGGGCAAAAGGAACUAACAUGGAGAUCAGAGUUAAUAGCAGGAGUUGUGUGUGCCUCUGGAUGGCUGCCUGAUAAGGGCCUGCAGGAGUAGGAAUUUAAUAGGUUCCAAACAGCUGAGGUCAGCUUUGUGCUGUAACCCCAGGUAACAUCACCAAUGGUAAUAUCGCCAGUAGAGGAGGGUCCAGGUAAAAGAGCCUUUUUUUGUGCAUUUCUUAAUUGUAGGGAUCUGUCUCUCACCACUUACUAUGCCAUGUGCCAAUUUGCAAAGAUAUCUCAGUACUUCGAAAUGAACUUUGUUGCUGUAUGUCAAUAAAUUAAAUCUUGAUUCAGAGAAGCAAGUUGGAUUAGGAGAAACAUCACAUCUCUUCAGCCCUAGAGUUUUGUGACUUAAUACAUUCUCUAUUAACCUAUAGACCUUGAGCUGCUUUUAUAACCACCACUACAGGCAGGGAAGGAGCCCUGGCAGUGUUCGCUAUUUUUACAUUUGCUCUUGUCUACCUGUCCUCAAUCUCCUUCUGCGUAUUUCCAGAUAUCCUAUCCUUAUUAAUUAUUGGUUCCCCUUUUUUCAUAACUAAAUACUGGCAAAAUGUCUGAAACAGAGCAGAUACGGUGUAACUUCAAUUCCUCACAGCAACAGCAUACCAUUUCUGCCAGUAUAAUAAUAAUAAUAAUAAUAAUAAUAAUAAUAAUAAUAAUAGGUUUCUCCAGCCACUCUGGGCGGUUUAAAGGGCUCAUCCAACUAAGGGCUCAUCCAUACUUCCACUUGUCCUGUGCCUAGAAAGUGUGGCUCCAAGUGGUUUGACCUGCACUUUCUAGGCAUGGGUCCAAGCAGUUUUCUCCUUGCCCUGCUCCCUUCCCCAGAGAAAACCAACCUUUUAGUCCUAAAUUGGAGCAAACGUCCAUCUGGAGAAAACCUGAAUUGCUGCUUGCUCAAGUUGAAUGCUAAAGAGUGGUUUUCCCUGGGGUGGGAAGCAGUGGGACAAACACUAAUUUCAACUUUGAAUAAACCCAUUGAAAUUAAUGCACUUAAGUUAGGGAUCAUCCAGACUUGCUUUUGUGCCAUGUUUCUAGGCACAGGCCCACACUUUAAAGUUCCAUUUUCAAGUGCCUUUUUUAACGCUAGCACUAGCCCAUUGAAUUGCCAUUUGUUCCACUUCAGCAUGAAAGAGUGGGUUUUCCUGGUGAAAGAGGUGGUGGUGGGUGGGGAGAGCACUUCGACACAGACCAGGAAAGCACAGACAUGUGCCUAGAAAGCACAGGACAGAAGUUAAGUGUGGGUGAGCCCUUUGUCACAUCCAUCAAUUUCAAUAGGUCUCCUUUGAGUUAUUGUGGGUUGUAUUGGAUACAACCCACAAACUCCACAGUCAGAGACCACAGUUUAGACAACAGUUGCAUAGGACUGAGGUCAAAACUCGGGUCUCCUAUCAUGCACUCUAGCGCUAUGCAAUUUUUCAAUAUAUUGGCCAAAAUCAGUUUUGAAAUCACACUGCAAUAAUGAUUUUGAUCCGGCAAUAUGCAGCAAUAUAUCACUACUUGCUACUCACACGAGGGAGGGCAGGGCAGCCAAUUUCAAGGCACCACCGAUAUUGCACAGUGAUCUCAGCCAAUAACCAUGUUUAUCUGAGCUGCCUUCCCUCACGCUGAUGGAGAGGCACGGCCAUCACUGCUGAUCUGAGUUGCCUUUCCUCACUUGAAGGCACUGUGGCACUACCUUCCCCUGGCACUGAGGCAGAGCAGCUUUUCUCAGUCAGCAGGAAAGCAGCAGCAGCCACAGUGGACACUCACUUGAUCUCCAUGACUGCUCCUUCCCAUAUUCCCACGCCUGAUCUGCACACACCCCAUCUGCACGAUCUCCGUGACUGCUCCUUCCCUCAUCCUCAUGCCUGAUCUCUAAUUUCAGACGUUGUGAUAUAGUGGAAUAUUGCGAUCUUUAGCUGCUGAUACAUCAUGAUGCUGAAAACCAGAUAUUGCUCAGCCCUAAUGCAUACUUAGUUCUCUCAAUGGGGAACUUUGAUAAUGGGAAUCUGGGAGAAAUGGCCCUUUGCAUACAGUGAAACACUUAGCACAAUGCAGCCUGUCUUCAUAACACUCAUAGGAACCUGAGCACAUUGCUAACUUUCCCCUUCCUAGAACUGUAGCAGAUACAUCAUCUUGGGACUCCGGACACAAACAUACAAUAACAACCCUCAAUCUCUCCAACAACUGGAGUGCCAGGCAGGCACAUACAGAGCUUGUCUGAGGCCCAGGGCAGGACUCUUGUUGGAAUAAAGUUAUAAACUCAAACAAAAAAGCAGCCAGUGUCUGGUGCCCCCCCCCCCAGCCAGCUUAGCUCAUUAAGGCAAAGGGCAAGUAUACUUGGCUGCUCACUCCCCUGUAUGGGCCUGGUGCCAGGAUAGAGCACCUCUUACUAGUAAGCAAGAAAGGGGAAACACUUGCUUCAGAGUAAGGCUGCUGCACCUGUUUCUGAAGUUUCUGACUCCUGGAAAGGCCAAGCUUUGUGCUUAAACAUUGCCAUGAUUGGGUAAACUCAUGAACACCUUUGCCUUACAGAAGCACCUUCUGGAUGCCUGUAGUCAACAAGUGGAUGCACACACAAAGGGAUGAGUAUACUCAGUCACUGCAGUCUCUCCCCCCUCCCUCCAUGGAGAGGAGAGGCAGAAGCUGAGCUGUAAGCAUAGGCUGCACACUGGGGAUGGGGGACAGGGCUGGCCCAUCUUGCAAAAAAAAGGGGUGGGGGGAGGUCACAUGAGUUGCCAGAGCAAGGGAUGGUAAAAAAGGAUAUUGUAGAGUAGGAAAAGAUCCAGAAAAAGGCAGCCAAAAUGAUCAAGGGGAUGGGGCAACUUCCCUAUGAAGCAAGGUUACAGGUUUGGGACUUUUUUGUUUGGAGAAAAGGUGAAUAAGGGGUGACAUGAUAGAAAUUUAUAAAAUUAUGCAGGAUAUAGUAAGUGAUAGAGAAAAGUAUUUCUCCCUCACCCAUAACACUAAAAUUCAUGGGCACCAAUUGAAGCUGAAUGUUGGAGGAUCCAGGACAUAUAGCGCAUAGUUAAAUUAUGGAAUGAGCUUCCACCAGAGGUAGUGAUGGCCAUAAACUUGAAUGUCUUUAAGACUGGAUUAGACAAAUUCAUGGAGGAUAAGACGAUCAAUGACUACUAGCCAUGAUAACUGUGCUCUGCCUCCAUAGUCAGAAGCUGUAUGACCCAAUUUCCAGUUGCUAAAAACUGCAGGAGGGGAGAGUACUAUUGUUUGGCCACUGUGAGAAUAGGAUGCUGGGCUAGAUGAGCCACUGGCCUGAUCCAGCAAGGCUAUUGUUAUAUUCUCGUGUGUCCAAAAUGACUGGUUGGUUCCCAUCUUUCUCCUUGGUGUAGAGGGGCCCCCAUCUUGCCUAGCAUCAGUUUGUAGCCUGUAUUCAAUGCUAGGGCCUCCAGAAAAUGAAUACCUAGCUCUGCUAUAAAACUUAGCCAGUUGUUGCAGGGCCUUGCUGUGACAACUUAGCUGUGGAAACAUGGCCUGUGGUUCUGAACCCACACCUUGAUUUUCUUUCAAGGUGCUGGCUUUUGCCUUAUCACCUUGCUGUGGAAACUAUUAAUCUCCGCUUGCUUGGGCCAGUGUCCAUGCUGUGACUGAGGGGCUAAGGAGCUGCUGUGGUCUUUAUGGUGUGGGUUUGAGCUCUGGAAACCCCUUUGCCCUGCUACAGCUUGGUUUUCUGCUGGGCAUGCCAGCAGGAGUCAUUUUGAAUUCCUAGACGUUGAAUUGAAUUGAAUUCCUAGACAUUGUUGCCAGCAUAAUCCCCGAUUGGUGUGUUUUGUUAAUGUUCACACCAACUUGGCAGCAAUGAGAAACUUUAGAUAUCAACAUUGCAGUCCUAUCUGUCAUAAACAGACAAAAUAUGAUUUCCCAAAUUCUACUGGGUUUUGAACUAUAUUUAUUGGUGAACAGAAGAUACAAAAAAUAAAUAGUAAUGAUUUGUUUAGGAAAUGGUUUAAUCACAUGGAAGACAUGGACAGAAAAGAUUAACAUUCAACAGGCCAUUCUGGAAGAAAGAUUGUCUAAGUCACUGGGUGAAUGGAGAAGUCUAUUCCAUGGGGAGAUCUAGGAGUUAGCUUGGGAAAGUUUAUGGCCAUCCUCUGUGCCACUAUGAAUAGCCUUCUGCCACUGCCCUGAACAUUCCUUCGUCUGUCCUAAGCUAUAUGGGAGCUCUACUGGAUAGGCAGAGCUCUUGUGAAUGCAAGUACUACACAGUCAGUGUUGCUGCUGUGCCUAAUAAAAUGGGCAAGGAAAAUGAGAUGCUGCAUCAUCAAAUCCCUGUGUUGAGUCUGAAAUACCAAACACAUUUUCUUCAUUCGUAUUUGGAAAACCUGUUUCUCUCCCAGCCUCAUCAGAUAUCAAGUUACUCUUUUAAAAUUAUAACAAUAAUAGUACUACAACAACAGGGGUGUUAGUAAAAAGAAGCAAACCACACACUUAAAACUGAAAGUGAACAAACUCAUUUAUUUUGAUGUUAGUAACAUUCUCUUAGGUUUAUGCACCUGGUUUCUCUUACUCUUAAAUUCAGUCCUUCAUGCUGCUCACAAGGCUGGAGGGGCCAGGAAUGCCCCAUAGCACAGAUUGACUAAUAAGCUUUCUCAAAAUUUGGGGGGUUGCCAUGCAUUUUUAGGAAAAUAAACAUUGCUGCUGUGUUUUGGCUGGUUACAGAGCUUUGCACUAAUUGGCCUAAGUAACAUGUACUGUAGGUAAAGGUUUUUUCUUUGUGUGAGGAAGAACCAUUUAUGCAUUUUUGGAUAGGGACACAUAAAACAAUGAUCAAAAAUUGUUACCUUGUAAUUUCUUGUCUGUGCAUUUUAUCCUGAUGUGAUAGUUUUAAUAGCUGGCUUGUGGAAUGUUCUUAUUUCUUGAACUUGGACACAGGUCAGAGUUUGUCUUGUAUGUUGAAAACUGAAUGUUCCAACACAGCUGAAUUUUGAUUUAUGUUGGUGGCAACUUUCUUAUGUGUGGCUUGCUGUUGAGGGAAUGAUAUCACUGUAAACUUUAGACAUUGGUGCCAAAAAACAUGAAUUGAUGAGUACAUUUUUGUCCUUUCUUCUUACUUCUUAGUCCUUGCUCUGGUCAUUGUGUCAUUCUGGUCAUUCCAGUCUCAGGGAGAAUAGUUCUAUUGGUCAUUUGUAAGACUCAGCACUCAAGCAGUGCACAUCUGCUCCAUUUCUUCAAGAGGAAGCUGAGAGGGAUGAGUAAGUUUCAAAAACAUUUACAGCAGUCUAAAAUCCAGACAAAUAGAUCUAGUUAUUUGCAGGGUUAAUUUUCCAAGUGUCAUAAAAAGUCUUGAACAGUGCUAUUUUUCUAGAAAAAGAGGUGAUGGAACUCACCAUGAAUAUCUCCCUCAUUCUCUUAGAAUGGCAAUGGCGCCCACCUGAAAGGUGCCAGAACUGAGUUCUGGUGAGUUCUUUUCUGGAAAAAAGUCUUGAAAUGUUUUAUAUGCUCUUAUAAUAUUUUCCUCUUAAUGAAUGAAUAUGUGAAGAUAGAUGCCUAACUCUCCAGGACAGAUGGUUGUGUGUGGUACACUCUACAACGAGAAUACUCUUCACCUCUUUAGUCACUUCCAUUUUCUUCCUCUUCAUGUAAAAAGGAAAGGUGAAAGGCUGGCAUAGAGUAUCAAAAGGUUGGAUCCAGAGGUAUCCUGCAUGAAUAGAAAAACAGUCUUACUGUCUUUGUCCAAUUUCCCAAGCCUGCUGCAGCUCCUGCACCCUAUUGCAUUCAGAGGGAGUGUAGGAGAUGCUGGAGCGUGGGGGUGGAAGAGGAGUCAGGAAAGCAUCAUACCACAGAACUCUGCUUAAACAAUCUUCUCUGAAUCCAAUAUAGCAAAUCCAAGGGCGUUCCCCAAAUGUUUUUUUUCUGAGGAGUGGAUUGCUUGCAGGGAUCUAGAAAGACCUGAGGUGCCUUUUUGCAAAGCUGCUUUUUGCUUAUUGUUUGGCGCCAGACCUUCAUUUCCAAAAUGGUUUGAAAGAAGCCAGAUUUGCCUGUGACAGGACUCUGAGUUAGUGUAGUCCAACUAGCUUGCUGCAACAAAUCUCACAAACCAAGCUCCCCUAUAAUCUUCUUUGAGAACUGCAUUUGAUGUGACCUUACCAAGCCUGUGGCCAGACAAGAUCUUUGAACAUCUCCUCAGAACUACCAUGAUAAGCUCUUUGAUUACCCAGCUCGACUGGAUCCCCAACCCCCACCCUCCUCCUCAGCACAUCCCUUCUUCAUGCACAGGCAGCUUUAGGGGUAGACCUGCCUCCGCCCCUUUUCAUUUUCCUACAGUGUUCUAAAUCUCAAGUCACAGUUAACCCAAAUCCAGAUUUAUUUAGGAUUUAUCUACUUUAUUAAUUCCUGUUGUGUUGUGCAAAAGUGCUGAAGGAUUCAGAUUGCCUAUAAAAUUAAAGAGAGCUUUUCCAAAAUGAAGUAUAAUUUUAAAAACAUUUUUGUUAGCCAAAGCUCAGAAUACAGCAUUUUAAAGGCUACUUUGGUUGGGAAUUGGCCAUAAUAAUUUGAUUUUUUUUCCUUCUAGUAAAUACGCUAUCAGGCUGUUUCAUGAAUUAAUCAGGGUUUAAUGUAGAUUUAAACAUUUACAAUGCAGAAUAAUUUGGGUUGAAAUAAUCCCCCUUGAUAAAGCUAGAAAGCCCCCACAACUGUCACCAUCUCUGACAGCCAGGCAUCUAGACCUUGAAUAUGCAAAUCACAAGAAGAAAAAUGUGAGCAAGACUUAAGAUGGUGCUUCAUUUCUACAUCUUUGUCAGUUAACUGCUGGCACUAAGUGAGUAUUAGAACAAUUCUGAAAAGCAACUAAAUACCAACUGAAGCCUGUUCUAGAUGGUGAACAGGGAGGCAUCUGAUUCUGCUCCUGGAGCUGCUCCUCUUCAAAUAGAUCAUUUGUGUCAUAUGAUGUUCAUCUGUUGCUGAGAUUCUUUUCUGCCUUUACAACACUGUUGGGUUCCAUGGAGACCCUUUGGGUUUUUAGUUCUCUGGCAGACACUGGCACAGAGAUCACCAUUUUAUAUUGACAUGGGCCCUUACUGUCCACACCAGGCAUAUUUGUCAUGUGGUUUAUUUAAAUUAUUUAUUUGUAUAAAAAUUCCCUACCAACUAUAUUUUUUAAAAAGGAUGGCAAUGAAUAACAUAAAAUCAACAAUAAUAAACAAUAAUAAAACUAUAUCAACAAAACUAACAUAGAAUACUUCAUAGAUCAGAUUAGUACAUCAACAUAACUUAAUGUACUAAUGCAGAUACCCCUCGGGGAAUGUCUGGGUAAAAAGAAGAGUUUUAAGCAGGAGCCUAAAUGCCUGCUUGAUAUUCAUUGGGAGUGCAUGCCAAAAGGAAGGUGCUUCCACUGUAAAAGCUUUGAUCUCAGUGGACAUAAGAGGACAUUCAGGAGCAUACUGUACUUCUAGGAGUGUCUCUGCUGAGGAUCAAAGUGACUGGACUGGGCUAUAGAAGGUAGCAAAUCCUCAGAGGUAAUCUGGUCCUAAGUUGUUUAGGGCUUUGUACAGCCAGUGUACCUUUUUGUCAGUAGGGCAUCUCCGUAUAACUACGCUAGUUGUAGCUUCUGGACCACCUUAAGAUAAGCCCCACAUAGAGCACAUUGCAGUAAUUCAAUCUGGAGGUUACCAAUGCCUGGAAUAUCGUUGGUCAGCUAUCCUUAUCCAGGAACAGAUGUAGCUGUCACAGCAACCAAAGCAGAAAGAAGGUGCUUGUAGCUGCUGAAACUCCUCAGGCCUCCAGUGAUAGAGGUAGAUCAAAGAGCAUCCCCCUGCUAUGUACCUGCCCCUUUAGAGAGAGUGCAACCCCAUCCAGAACAAGCAACUGACACAUUUCCUGGGCCCAGGAACUGCUUACCCACAGAGUUUCUGUAGAUUCAAGCUCCUUUUAUUGGCCUGCUUCUAGACACCAGUACAGUUUCUGCACAGCUACACUAGCUUCAAUAUGGAGAAAGAGAGUUGAAGAGAUGUGUGUCAUCAGCACACUAAUGACACAAUGCUCCAAAUACCUUCAUUACUGCUCCCAACAGCUUUGUAUAAGUGUUAAAAAGCAUUGGGGAUAAAAUCGUGCCCUGCAAAACCGCGUAGCAUAACUGUUGGGACUGACAAACACUUCUCCAAUUAUAUAAUAUGGAGCCAACCCUGGAGAUAGAAAAAGAACCACUGUAAAACAGUUUCCCUAAUAGCUGGCCCAAAAUGAUACCACGGUCAGUAGUAACAAAAGCCAGAGAGAAGAGGAAAAGCAAAGUAAUAUUCUCAUUGACUCUCUUUCAAUGAAGGCAAUCCCUCAGGGUAACCAAGGCUGAUUCAGUCCCAAAACUAGGUCUGAACUAGAAUGGAAUGGAUGUACGCAAUCAGUAUCAUCCAAGGGUGUUUGUAGUUGCCCCACCACCCUCCUCUCAAUUGCGUUAAUCAAAAACAGAGUAUUUGGGACUGGGCAGUAGCUAUCACAAACCAAUGGGUCCAGGAUGGGCUUUAGGCUGGCCAUACUGCUGCUUUUUGAAAGGCAGCAGGGACCACCCUCUUGCACAAACACACAUUAAUCACAUUCUGGAUCCAACUGACCAUACCCUGCUGGCUUGAUUUCUUCAGCAGUGUGGGGCAGGGAUUCACAGGACAUGAUGCUGGGUGUAUUACUGCACCUUGUACAUGUCAUCAGAUUGUGUCAGCUGAAACUCAUCCCACAACAUGGGGUAAGAUUAAAUACAGGCAGGGGCUAUUCAUCCACUUGGUCACUCUGGGAUGUUAAAGAUAUACAUAAGAAGAGCCUCCUGGAUCAUGGCAACGAUUCGUCUAGUCCAGCAUUCUGUUCUCACAGUGGCCAACCAGGUGUCAGUGGGAAGCAAAAAAGCAGGACCUGGGCACAGCAGCACUCUCCCCUCCUCUGGUUUUCAGCAGCUGGCAUGCAGAUGCAUACUGCCUCUGACAGUGGAGGUAGAACAUAGUUAUCGUGGCUAGUAGCUGUUGAUAGCCUUAUCCUCAGUGAAUUUGUCUAAUCCACUUUUAAAGUCAUCCAGGUUACUGGCCAUCAUUACUUCUUCUGGAAAUAAAUUCCAUAAUUUAAGUAUGUGCUCUGUGGAAAAAUCUCAUCCGGAAAGCUCCCCAACUUUGGAACAUUAAUUAAAGUUAUAUCCAGCCAAGCCAUGUCUUCCAGGUGUCCUUCAGAAAUUCUGCCCUUAAAAGCUAUGUAAAUGCCCUGCAUUAUGGAUUGUAGACAGGAUCUUAUCUUUACCUUUACCGACAGGAUCCUUCUGACAUUAAUAAGAUUGCAGAAUUCAUCAGUAGUUCGGUAGCUACCAGUGGGUAGCAGAUUGUCUUAAACAAUCCACCCUCCACCCAAUAGAAUGCAUACUGUCAGACCAUACAUAAGUUCAAAAGUUCUCUGGACAGCAACAGGUAAAGCCAUCAAUGCAUAUGGCCAUACACCUCAGUUUUUUUAUAGAAUUGUAGAGUUGGAAGUAACUGUGAGGAUUUUGUCAACAAUAUGACUAUUUAUUGGGUUCAGGAUACCUUGGACAGAGGGAAGCACCUUGGAAGAAAGAUAGAAUAAAAAUGCAGUAAAGUAAUAAAAUAGCUUGCUAUUCAGCCAAGUGGAAUAGUGGUGAUGCAGAUUUUGAGAUUCUUUAUAUAAGGAGUAACCAACCAUUUAUUCAUUUAUGUUUAUUUGUUGGAUUUAUAUUCCAGCUCCCUAAUAGAAGGGAACUAAAAGUAUCGUAUAAGGGGUUCUUAGACAGGCUGUCUUCCAGGCACUGACCAAACCCACACCUGGUCAUGCCCUGAGAUCGUUAAUAAAUGUCAUUGUACAGUCAGUCAAUGAACUGCUUUUCAGAUGGUUAUCAACUACAGAACUCAUCCUUUUACAAAAUCAAGAUGUCUUUUUCUGCUACAAGCCACUUCCAUCACUUCUGCAACUGGCAGUUUUCCAAUAAAGCCAAUAUCCCCAACCCCAGAGGAAGUUCAUCAGUGGGAAGUGGGCACUGUCUGUUUACUCCAGCAAUUUGACAACAACAUUAGCUUACACUUUAUUAGCAGACUACUACACCUUGAUCCCUGACCCUGGCAGUGACCACAGAUAGCCUACUAGAUAGAUGCCGAUAAUUUGAAGCAAACUGGUAACAUUUUUAAGGCCAGAUAUCACAACCAGCAGGCACUGGAUAGUUUUAAAAAGGAAUGCUCUGUACAUUUUGUAAAAAAAAACACGAACAGGAGAUUAAGCCAUCUGAGCAGGACCUUCUUUAUAUGGGAUUUUCAGGCUAAGAUUUGCUUGGCAUUUGAGGCAAUGACUAGGGUGCCUUACCCUGAAGCUGUUUAAUGUGGAUGAUCUCAUGACUGGAGUAGCUCUUGGGUGGCUUGGUUACUUUGAGUGCCUGCACUUGAAAGUGGUGGUGAAAAAGCCUUGCACGCAGAUCCUUUGGUGCCAGGUCUCUGUGAUUUCCCACUUUACCAGGCUGUAUCCUUGCAACCUGUAUGGAGCUUUCUCUCCUGGAGCCAGAAAGGCAUUUCCCAUCAAUAAAAGCAUUAGCUCACUAAACAGUCUGAUAGCUUUGCUUCUUUGGAUUAACCCUUUGGGAGCUAGGAUUCCUUCAGACUUGUAAAGAUAUUGAUCACAGAUCAUGUUUGCUUUUUGUGUGCGUGAGCACAUAGGUAUGUGUGUGUGUCUCUCUUCCUUUCUCUCUUUGUGGAUAGUUUCAGAUAGUCAGCACUUCUGCUACUUGAGAAAAGGAGGGUUGUGCAACUUCUGUGGUUAAACGGACAGGGAGUGUGGACAUCAUAUUUCUUUGAAGAGACUAUUUGGACCCUUAGCCUCAGGAGUAACCUGUUGAUUAUUUUCAGGGGCAAAUGAUUAUUUCACCUGGGUCAAAGACCCAGUUUUGUACACACACACCCCAUGUAUGUAUUUGUGUAUACACACAGGCUAGGAGCCUCAAUGGCACCCUUCUGGAAGCUUCACCCGGGGCAAAAACCUGGCUACCCCCCAAUAGCUAUGGCUAUGAUUAUUUGUUUAGGUAUUACAGUAUUUAUUUAUUUAAUAUUUUAAUUACAUUUUUUAAAAAAUAGUUGUUAGUUUUGGACUAAGAUCUUGGACACCAGGGUUCAAAUCCACAUUAAACCAUGAAACUCAGCAGGUGACCUUGGUCCAGUCAUUGUCUCUCAGUUUAACUUAUCUCACAGGGUGGUUGUGAAGGGGGGAAACCAUGUAUGCUUGAGCUCCUUGGAGGAAAUGUUGGAAACAAAUAGUAACUUCAAAACAGCCACCACCACCACCCUAAAAAGGAAAAAUCAAAAUAAGGAAGAAGGACAUGAAGGAGACACAUCAAGGUGCUUUUGACCAGAUAAAUUGGAAAUACAAAUCUGACCAAAUGUUCCCUCAUUUUUCAUCUUUGCACUCAUGCCAUUGCUUUGGGUUAGGGUUAAAAUUGUUAUUGCGUUUGUGGAGAUCUGGAAUAAUUUCCCUUACUCCCAUCUCCUAAAUCAGGAUUUCCCAAACUUGGGUCUGCAGCUGUUUUUGGACUAUAAUUCCCAUCAUCCCUGACCAUUGGUCCUGCUAGCUAGGGAUGGUGGGAAUUAUAGUCCCAAGAAAGCUGGAGUCCCAAGUUUGGGGAACCCUGCCCUAGAUGUUCUCUUGUGAUUAGUGAGCACUGUUGACUAUGUGGUAUGCAACUGCCUUUUGUUAAGACUGCUUGGAGGAAAUGCAGAAAAAGGCAGUGUGUCUUCUACGGCCACACUGAGACUCUUUGUCCAUCUAUCCCAGUAUUUUCUAUUCUGAUUGGCAGCAGCUCUCCAGGGUUGUCAUUUCAGGCAGAGAGAGACCUUUCCCAUCACCUGCUAUCUUUUUAACUGGUGACGUCCUGGACCAUCUUCUACAUGUAAAACAACUGCUCUGCUAGUAAGUUAUGCUCCCUCCCAGCGUUUGUUUUUUUUAAGUGUUCUAAGGAACAGGUACAGAAAGACCUGGGAAUAUUUGAGAGGGCUGCAAGUGAUUUACAAUUUUUAUUUAGUGUUUCUUUUACUAUUUUUAUUUAUUAUGUUAUUUAUAUUGAUAAUCAGUGUAGACACCUCCUGUGAGACUGGUUGAACCACUUUUGAUCUACCACAGAGGGAUGUCAUCUAUUUCAGUAUUACUUUUUAAAAAAAGAUUUGUCUAAGAAGGUUUUCUUUCUACAGAGGAACAGUAGCAGACAUGCCUAUUGGGGUGCAGAUGGAUCAUGAGAGAUUAAUUGGUGAAAUAGAAUCCCACCCAAACUGUACCAAACUGAUCUGGGGAAGAUUGCACUUCAAAGUGCUGAUUUCCAGUAGCAGAAUUUCUCUUGGGAUACAGUAGAACUUUGCACCCAAAAGUGAAGGCUUGAAGGUCUUGACCUUGAAUGAGUUCUCAUUAGGAAGGGGGCACUGCCCAGGAUGGGGAAUUAGAAAGACAGAAGGAAAGCGGGGCAAGGUCACCACAUAAUGAAGUGGUCAGCAUUGGAUUUCUGUCAGUCACACUGGUUAAGCAUACAAUUGAGUUCAGCAAGACCCAUUAAGGAAGCAGUAGUAGCAGACCCAAGAGUGACUGAGACGAUUUAAAACCAGGAGCCUGAUACAGUCAUGAAUCUUCCACCCAGAGUCUGAGAAAGCAUAUGGCUGUAAAAGAUCCCCACACUAUUCCUAGUCUUUGGAAUCAGGACCCAAGUUUCCCAAGUCUGCAUGAUCAAUGCCUAUGUUCAGUUUUAGCACCUAAUUCUGUAAAACUGUCCACUUAAUAGAAAUCUUGUUUGUGUGUGAGAAAAAGAGAGAGAGAGAAAGAAAGAAAAGUUAACUUUACUCAAGUCAGAAGAGAGACUUCAGCAAGUGCAGAUUACAGAAGAACCCAGCAAUUAACUAAUUGGGAAGAAAACUGAAUAUGUCCAUUUUCAUUUUCCAGUGCAUGUAAGAAGAUCGGUUCCCAAUGGGGAAGAAGGGAGAGAAAAUGUGAUGAUGAAUGCUUAAAUGUGUAUAUAAUGUGUAAAUUAUAUACAUUCUAUACAAAACACAGUUUGAUUCCUGGUUUUAUCCCUGAUGUUCUGUAGCAAAAUUUUACUUUUACAGGCUUGCAAGUUAAAUGUUAGAACUGUGCAGCAAUAUCUGUGCUACUCUUUGUGGCCAAAUUAUACUCCUUCCACAGUGCCUCAUUUGCUUCUUCCAUUGCCCCUGGGAUAUGCAAGUUUCAUCUCUGCUUAGUGAGCUUCCUCCUCACUUGAACCACACCUUGAAUGCUUGAAUGCUUGUUUCUCAGAGGUCAGGUCUGUUUGGGUCUCACCAUUGCUCAAUCGCCAGAACUUUAAGAAAAGGUAGAUCAGCUCUCUCGCUGUGUGUGUGUGUGUGUGUGUGUGUGUGUGUGUGUGUGUGUCUGUGCACAUAUUUAUUACUCUGGAAUCUUUACUUUGUGCCUUCCAUCCCAGAAAAAAUCCUGCAGAUGCCCCUGGUCCCAUGCUGUUUGCUACCUUUCAGCUUCUUCCCUCUGAUAUACGCAACAGCAAGGUUUUGCUUAGCAGAUUGUGUGGAGCCUACGUCUUUCUCAUUCUGCUCAACUGGCCAUCACAACUCUUUCUGUGAUCUCAUCUGUCGAUGCCCAGCUCUUGCUUGAUGUCUCACUUCCGGAACAGAGGGAAGGCUCUGCCCCCCAAAAUAUUUAGUUAGCAGCUAUUAACUUAAGUGGAAUUGACUUUUUAUCGGCUUUCCUCUGUAUGACUGCCACCAGCGAAGGCAGUUUCCUCCUUUCCUCUUCUCCGCCUGUCAGUUCCCUCUACAUUCCUAUCGGCAGCCUUUAGCUCUGAUCAAUACUAACCACUGUGUAACAGCUCACGCACGGCUGCUUUAGUUCGCAUCGAUCAGACCUCUCUUCCAACAGGUAGCUGGCUCUUUUGAGGCAAUGACUUGAGAUAACUUCAGGCUAAUUCAUUACAGAGGAUUUUAGGGAGGCCCCAUGCCCUGUUUUGGAGAGAAACACAGAUAUCAGAAACGGAGAACAAUGUCCCCUGUGCUUGAGAUUCUGUAUUUCCUUCCCCUUUCUUUUAGAAUUGUAAGUGUAAUCCAAAUAAUGGCAUAAAUCAUCUCGGCAAAACAAUUAGUUUUCAAUGGCAUGGCUUUGGCUUUUGCCAAGCUGAAGGCCAAAUUUUAUUUAGAAAUCUUCAGGGUAGGACCUCCUACCAGUUCUGCUCAUCUUUUCUGACCCACAUCCACAGUAUUCUCCAGAGUUGCUUCUUGUCCUUGUAAUUGGCACUUUAACACUAACUAACUAGAGCAGAGGGGUGAUGCUGCUCAAGACCAGCAUCACACAAGUGCGGAACUUAGUUUGUCAAAGAGCAGCUUGUUUUUGACAGCAGCCAAGGACCAAGCUACCUUAAAUGCUUUCCCACAGGUACACAGACCACUUUUGUUUCUGCUUAGACUUUUAGGAUUGAGAAGUUAAAUAUGAAAGUAUACAAACCUGACACUUGUAUAUCUGCUCUCAAUAAGCUUGUUAAAUAUUCCACAGAUCAAUAUGUCCACCCACUUCCAGAACUCACAACCCAAAAGGGGAAGCAAUUCUCACAUAUGUCGCUGCCUUUUCCAGGCGAGGACAGAGGGCUGCAGGGCAGUUGAGGUUGUUACAGAAUUCCCAAUGAAGGGAGUGUUUAUUAUUGUAGAAGGUUUGAUGCAGUCCCCAAAAGGAGCUAAUCAACAAGUAAUAAGACCUCAAGAGAGCAAUUUAGAAACCUCAGCUUUAACUCUCUUGUAGCUGUAGCUAAGAGAGUAAUGGUUGCUCCUGCUUUUGGCUGUGCAGCACAAAAUGUAGUCAUAGUUGGCAAAGGAGAUCUGUAGUCCCUCCCAGACAGUCCUUUCUUUCAUUUUUACCCCACCUUUCUUCUGCCUUGAAAUCCAAUGCAGUAUAUGAUGUUAUCUGUCUAGCCCAGGACUGUCUCCUGUGGGUGGCAGUGGCUCUCCAGAGUCUUUGGCAUAGAGUCUCCUGGCACCUGCUGCCUGAGACACUCUCCAGACCACAAGAGCAGUUUUAAAGUGAACAACCCUGGCUUUGGCUCUAAGCCUUUUCUAUGUUCAGUCAAGGUUCAGUGGAUCAUCACCAGAAACAUUUUGAAUUGCAUAAGCUGUAUUAUUGAGCAAUAGGUCAAAAAAUUAUUUUGGGAAUGUUGAUCUUUAUAGCGCAUGAUGAUCAAUGUGACAACUUGUGCAAGAGCUACAACACAGGUGACAUUUCUUAAGUGUGCAUCUAAGAUGCUUUAAGUGUACCACAUAAUGAUACAAAAAGUUACUGUGACAAGCAUGUGUACCAUAACAGGUACAUUAAUCAGGAUUGGCUGCAGCUCCCUGUUAUGUUUGUAGCCUAAGUGACAAACCAAUGUUUGCCUGUGUGAAACAGUCCUAAUUUCUAAAAUUUAUUGUACUCACAGUGAGCUUAUAUAAUUUGCUUUUCUUGUUCCUUUCAUUCUCUCUUCGACUUGCAGUGAAUAACUGUCCCUUCUUAUUGGUAAAAUGAAACAGUCCUGCCCUGCCCAGAAAGAUUAGGCUUAAUUCAAUAGCUUGGGAAGAGGUGAUGAGGUAAUUAUAAUGCUGAACCAUAUCCUGAAUGGCUGUGUGCUUAGAUCUCACUGAUCCUCAAAUUGGAUAGUCACCCUGAACCUCCUCAGCAGUGGAUAUGAACUUUAUCCAGUGGUUUGGGGAAUCUUCUGGCAACACCACUAAUAUCUGUAUUCUUUAGUUCAGUGGUUUCCAGCCAGUGAGCUGUGGACGCCUUGAGGGGCCAUGGAAUUAUUGCAAGAGGUUUGCAAAGUAGCGUUUUUUAAAAAUCAGCAUAACAGAAGAGAUUAAUACAAUAUAUGAGUUAUCCAACACAAGAAUAAAAUAACUGUUUAAAGUGAAUGAUAUUUAUUAUACUGAUAUUGAUGGAAUCAGCAGCUUAUGGAAAAUACGUUAGGAUCAUGCAUCUAAUAGUUCAUAUAAGUUAAUCAGAGUUAGUGAGUAGAUGGAAGUUCAUUACGACUUCAUCAGUCUAGUACCUCCUAAGCUGAGAGGUUUCCAAGUGAGUAGAUACCCUGAGAAUGCUACAAAGAAGCUCAUGGUGGCAGACAAGGACAAACUUUUUAUUUCCAAUGACGUUAUGCACCCAAUUUCACCACCCUUUCCCAAGUACACAGGUGGUGGAAAACUCAGUCCAAAGAUGACCGAAUGCUUGUUAGGUCACAUAACUCUGCCUACCAAGCAGCAGUAAAGGUGGUAAAGAAGAAUUACUUUUCUACCUCCAUUGUAUCCUCAGAGAACCAUCCAGCAGAGUUGUUUCAGGUGUUCUAUAGGCUAGUUGUACCAGAAGUAGUGGAUGGGCCUCUGGAGCACUCAGCAGCAUGCUGUGAUCAAUUUGCACUACACUUUGAGGAUAAAGUAACUUAGCUCCAUAGUGCCUUCAAUGCCACUGUCAUUGGUGUUCCAGCUGAGGUGUCCAAUGCAGUCCCUUCCUAUGCUCUGAGGGAUCAAUUUCAGUUUAUGAUGAUGUGGACAUGACUCUUAUAAUGCUGCAACUGGCUUCUUGCUCUCUUGACCCCUGCCCAUCUUGGCUGGUGAAAGCUAGCCGUGGGGAGUGAGGUUGGCUGGAUGUUUCCAGGGUAUGGUGAACACAUUCUUUACAACACAGUGUGAUGCCUACUGCCUUUAAACUGGUGGUAGUGUGUCCACUCCUGAAGAAGCUCACCCCAGAUUCCAUGGUAUAUAACUACUACUUCCUGGUUGCAAAUACCCUUUUUUGGGGAAGGUGGUGACAAGAAUGCUGGCUGUGCAGUUGCAGGAGUUCCUGGAGGAUAUGAAUUAUCUAGAUCUGUUUCAGUCUGGAUUCAGGUGCAGUUUUGGGACUGACUCAGUCUUGGUUGCCCUGUUAAAUGACCUGAAUCGAGAGUGGGACAGGAGAAGUGCCUCUCUGCUUCUGCCUAAUCUCUAGUCUGCUUUGAUACCACUACCCAUGGUAUCCUUAUGGACUGGCUCUGUGGGUUGGGUAUCAGGGGCAUUUUUCUACUGUUGUUCUACUGCUACCUACAAGGUGUUUCCAAUGAGUAGCAUUAGAAGAUAGCUUUUUUGGUUUAAUGGUCUUUGCACUACAGUGUACCACUGUGUGCAAUCUUGUUCUCAAUGCGGUUCUUUCUUUCUAUCAUCUGUCUAUCAUCUAUUUCAAAUUUUGGUUCAACAUCUGUAUGAAGCCACAGGGUGCACUCUUUUGGAGUUGGGAGGCAAAGUGUCAUCAGUACAAAGAUGACACACAGCUCUACUUCUCCAUAACAUCUGAGUCAAGAAAUACUGUGCAAAAUCUGGACCAUUGUCUGAGCACAGUUGUGGAGUUGAGAUCCAGUAAGCUGAGCUUGAACCCUGGGAAGACAGAAGGAUGGAGGAUUGGUGGUCCCCAUGUCUAGGAGAUAGGCCAGUUGCCUGUUCUAUAUAGGUUUGCACUCCCUCUGAAAGAACAUGUUCAGAGUUGGGGAAUUAUCCUGAAUCCAUCCUUGUUGCUGGAGGAUCAAGGUAGCCUCAGUGACUAGGAGCGCCUUUUACUAGCUAUGGCUGGUAUGCCAACUAUAACCAUUCUUGGACAGGAAUAGUCUGACUGCUAUGAUUCACUCAGGACUCUGUUAUUGCUAUGUGCUCUAUGUGGGGCUACCCUUGGACCUGGUCUGGAGGCUCUAGCUUAUGCAAAAUGCUGCAGUUAGACUGUUGAUUGGGACAGACUAUUGCCAACACAUAACUCUGGUGCCUGUAUGCUACCCAGCCAGGUUCAUUGCUCUUAUUUACAAGGCCCAUAACAGCUUGGAUCCAGGAUACCUCAGGGAUUGCCUGAUUCUUCAUAUUCCUGUUUGAUUACUGAAGUAUUUGGGGUAGUCACUGUUGGUGGUCCCCCAUGGCUCAGAUGCACAGAUUGUAUCCACAAGGAGCUGCCCAUUCAGUAUAGUGGGCCUAAUUUUAUGAAACUUCCUUUCAGUUGAGGUCACACAGGCCCCCUUCCUGUUGAGCUCCCAGUGUUUACUGAAUACUUUUUAAAUUAAAUUUUAAUAAGACUAUUUUAAAUUAAAUUCUGAUUUUAUUGUUUUAACUCAUUUUAGUCUUAUUGUAUUUGGUUUCCUGUAUACCACUUGAGAUUACUGGGAUUAAGUGGUAUAUAAAUUGUUUAAAUAAACAAAAUAAAUAAAUGACAAGCGAAGUACCACAAUAUUUUACAAGGGCGACUUCAGAUGCUAUGUAAGCAUCAGGACACAGAACAUUUCAAGUCUUCUACCCUAUGUACAGAUUUACCACAAUCUUCAACCUCUGCUGAAAAUGAUCAGCUGCAGGUUCCCCUUCCUGGAUGCUGUGAUGCCUGCUUAGUGCUGCUGUUGCUUAUUUUCAUAUUCUGAAUCCUGUGCAUUCCCUCAUGUGUUCCAUUAGCUGCUCCAGAUCCUUUUUUGGCUGAAGAGCAGGAUUAAUAAAAAGAAGAAGAAGAAGAAGAAAAAACAUCAGCAAUCUUGCAGCUAAUUGCCAGAGUGCUCCAAAAGCCAAUUGAGGUUUCAUUCCUGGUCUAUACAUGAAUCCAUUCAUCAGCUGGUGGGCUGAAAGCUUGUAGAACACCCCAUCUAUGUUGCUAUUUGUGUUUAAAUAUCAUAAACAUAGGGCUGUACAAAGAACAGGUUUGACAGGUCUCUAGCCAAAGAGGUUUCCAAUCUAAAACUUCUUCCAUUCACCAUCCUUUCCAAUAAAGCCUUGUCAAUUGUUUUCCUGUAUUUUGAAUGGAAUGGUGUAUCCACAAUAAGAUGCUUGGAUUUCCACCAACCGUGCUGGAAGCUGGUGGGACUGUGACAGUGCUGAUGCCAGAUUCCCUCUUGUUUUGAAGACGACUAACAGAAUAGCAGCAAAGCACUGAAAAGGCACAAAAUGGCAUUUGGCCAGUGCCUAUGAAUCAUAAAAUGGGAUAAUAAAAUCAUGAAAAUAAUCUCCAAAAGGCAAAAUAAAUUACCCAAGUUACUGCUUAUUUGCAUGUACAGUUUGACAAUAGAGCCAUAACCAUAAAUGAUUUAUGCCUGCUUUAACAAUACACUCAUUUUACUGAAAGGUGGUCAGCACUAAGACUUCUGUGGCAUGGUGCCAUUUGUUGACAGGCUAAUGUUUCAGCAGCAAUACAUUAAAUUAUGAAUAUCACUAUCCUAACAUGGAAGGUUAUUGGCUCAAUAUGCUUAAUUAACCCAGCCUGAACUAUGCCCACAAGCCAGUGUGGACCAUCCCUGCAGUGCUGGAAUAGGGGACAAAGAUUAGAAGGGUAAGAACUCACUUCAGCUUUUAUGCAAUGAGACCUUAAAAGCUGAGCAGUCCUCAGAUGCUCUUCCAGGGACAGUUGGGCUGUAUUUUUCAAGUUGGAGCCUGUCCAUAGCUGAGUCCUUAUUGAUAAAACUGCAAAUAAGAGGAGACAGUUAUUGGAUGUCUCAAGUAAGAAGUAGCAGAAGGGCUAUAAACUAGGCUGAGGGGCUCCAGGAGGCGCAAAAGGGUGGCUUAUCUGGGCCACAACCUGGUAAGGAGAUGAGUGGCUCUGCUAAUAACAUUAGCAGGGAUUUUUUUGCAUGCAUCCUAACUGGAAGAAUCAGACACUUACCACUUAUGGCACCAAAACUUACCUUUUAUUCAGUAUUUCAUAAAAUGGAAUAAAAUUCUGAAUCAUUGGUCCCUUAAUUCAGAUUUUGCAAAUUGUGCAAUGCUUUCAGAUUACUGAGGUUCUUGCCUACAACUGCUUCCUUCCUACAGUGCUGGAGCACAAAACAUGCUCUAUUGACUUUUAGACUCUCCUUUCCAUAUUCUGCAUGCUGUUAAACCCCAUCAAUAUCUUCUUCCUGGGUGCUGCACUAGCUGGCUCCCAUUGUAUGUCCUUUCAGAGAAAUAUUUUUUCACAGGGAAUGCACUGGUCUCAAGUAUUAUACAUAUAUCCAUCCCUGGAUAAUCUAAGACACAUUAGAAAUAAAGUUAUAUGGUAGUAGGGGUCAUGGAAUGGCAGUAUAUUAUAUUCUCAGUGGGUUGAAACAUAUACUGUAGGUAGGGAGCUGGAUUGUAAAAAACUUAUGAGCUGUGUUUAGUUCCCAUCUCAAGGAGCCAAUGUAGUCUUCUCUUAUUUUAGGAUGGAAGAGUCCUUACCAAGGACCUACCUGGAGAGGAGUUCAAUCGCAGACUCUGUGCUUCAUCCAUCAGCUGGACAAUCAGAUGCAGACAUUAUUUCUUCAUCUUUGAUUUAUUAG